AUGUUUAGAGGAAUUAUUAACCUGCGUUUGAUUGCACCUGUUUGUGCUAGACGAAGCUCUUCAUAUGUCAAACAAAAACGGUAAGUACAUUUUGAAUUAACUUUACUUUGGUAUAAACAAACCUCACCCCUGCAGAAACAUAGUAUCUCAUGCAUAUUAAAAAAAAAAAAAAAAAAUUGUGAAAUUUAGCAGUCUCUCGAUGUACUUGUGGCUAAAUAAGAUACAUUUCAUUGACAUGGUUCUCUUCCCUCCUCCACCGACUCCUAGUGAGAGUAAUAUUGUUUUGUGUAGUUAUUACAUAUAGCUGUGUCACGGCUCUCGGCUCUCCUGUCGGUGUGGCUGCACAUAAAGGCUGACAGGUUUCAAAUUUACCUUGGUCACGGUGGGCAGCUGCCCGGUCUCCCUCCGUUCCGGUCCCCAGCGGGUGUGACGUUCUCAGGAACGCCGGCCGCUGUGGUUCAGGAUUUUAUAAUAAACUCACCUUCGCCCACAUUAAAGAUGGCACCAACGUGCAUGCGACGUCAUGUCAUAGACGUGCACGCACGUUUUGGGGUCAGAGGUCGGAGACAGCCAAUUACAGCCUAAAGAGGGUUAUUUAUAACCAAAUUACCUUUUUGCCAGUGCCCUGUCAUGGUUUCCACUAGCUGGUUAUCCGAGAGUGUGUUCCUGAUUGUUUUUCCUGGUAUUUGACUUUGGCUUUGUUUUGACUUCCCUGAUUUCUGGUAUCCUUGACUUCUGGCUUUCCUCAUCGUUGCAUUUCAUUCUCUGCCCCUGACCUCGGCGAGUAUUUUGACUAUUCUCGGGUACGUUAAGUCAAGGUCCGGAUACACGUUAUCCUUAGUCUUUAGGUGAGAUACAAUUCUGCGUGAUGGAUCAACUAUAAUCCUGACAAGUUGUACCUGUUUAAUGCCAAACGAGUGAAGAGGAAAAAAAAAUAAAGAAAAUUAUCCUAGAAAUAAGUGAAUCUCUUCAGCCUGAAGCAUUCCAGAAUAUUGGAACACUCCUACCAACCCUCCCCCUUGGACCAAUGGAUGAUAUUCCGGUUCCCACCAAUUUACCCUUGGUUAAAACUACUGCUCCAAACUUUACCCUCCAGCGGUGACCCAGAUCCGGUAGCACAGCGCCCAUGCUGAACGCUCAAUAUGGCGGGUACCUCUUUGCCAGAAGCUCAAGGCCUCACUUCACAGGACUCAGCAUAACAACCUGAAUAUUAUGGCUAGACUCAAUAUUCCAGGUUUUCUGGCUAAAAAAAAUACGACGACGCACGCAAACUACUCUGACUGAGCAGAGGACAGGGUUCGAAAGACGCAAGUUGCUGAAGUGCAAAAAACGGCACUUUAACUGACGAUAUGGAAUGAGCUCCCUCUGGGCGAUCUUACCAUGCACACACCUAUAUAGCCUGCUGAGAGCCUCUUGAGGUGCUGCCUCUCCACCACGACCCUCUGCUUACCCUGGAAACAGGAAGGACUUGGUCCUAAGGGGCACCCAAGUCAACGGGUUUGAGAUACUGACCCUCACACGAGCCUUUUGCCGGAGCAAAGCCCUACCCCGUUUGUGCGGAUACUCGCCCGAACUAUUCCAACACUUCACAUACUCAUCCAUCCUGUAGAUCAACAGAUCCCAAAGAAAUCUGCCUGAUUGGCAUGGGCAGAACCCUGACGAACAGACGAACGGCCUGAACUUUAAGUCUGUGCCACUCUACCUUACUUGUGCUAUGUUUAUACCUGAUUGCAUAUGCAGUUUCUGUUUUUUCCGCUACCACCCUAAUUACUCGCUCUCUGCAUUCAUAUCUAGGCAUUCCCAUGCCUAGAUAGAGUGGCAUAUGCAUGCUUUAUUCUGAUUAAAUUGAUAGGCAUGUACACCUACCUCAUGUUCUCUUUCUUUUUUAGAAUAUACAUUCUCUACAUAUCUUAUUUUCUCUUGAGGAUGUGUUUGUAGCGGAACGCCAAUAAUAAAUCCACGAAUUCCGCUGGUUCAGAAACGAAUCCACAGUCAAGCGCUGAAACAACAAGGCAAUAUCCCCAACCUCCCAAUAACCGGACGAGACACAGUUUUGGGAGUCAACUGAAAUCCUUUUAAUCGGCAGGACAAUUUAUACAAGUCCCCAUGCAAGGGGUUUCCUGAGUCCCUCCCCAGGGGCACUCCCAGAGGGGACUAUGUGGGGGACUUACAUGACAACAUAUUUCUCCCAUCAGGCACCGCUGCACGAGAGGGAUCAUCCUCCCAGAAUGCACUGUUAAGGGGAUUAUCCCCUCGUGCAGCAGAACCGGCAAUUCACACAAAAAUCCAUAACUGGUUAAAUACAUGGUGGAUUUACACGAAUGGACGUUCGGUAGAUAGCUGGGGUCUGAGCGCAUCAUUCGUGAGAUUACCGCUCAGAUCCCAGCUAAAAUAACCGAACGCCGCACAAAAAACCCAUUUCUUUUAAAACAUACGAAAAGGACCGAUUACUUCUAGUGAACACGAUCCUGAAACUCCCGAACGUCCUGGAGGCUCAGCGGUGUUCGUGCCGUCGAAUAACCAUUGGUAGUACUAUGGGUUCGACAACCCGGUCCCGCUGAGGAACAAAGGAUCCAAGAUGGCCGACCGCCCCAUGGUCGGUAGUCGAACGACGGCCACCCAGGAGAGCCUCUAAUAACCGAUUGCAACAAUGUUGCAAUCGGUUAACUAGCGCCACACGCCUCUAAGUGUGUGGGCUAUUAGGUGGUAUCGCGUUCGGUUCACGAACGGCUCUCUAAAGUGCCGUUCGUGAAACGAAAGAAAAUCCCCAUACAAAACUGCCAUUUGCAUUCGGCAGAAACAGCAGUACAGGCAAUACAGAAAAUACAUUACGCAUAUACAUAAGUGUAAAGUGCAUAUCUCGCCAGACCUAUUGGCAACCCUUAAAGGUACAGUCUCCAGUUAUAGUCCAAGUGGCUAGGUUUGCCACAGUGUUCAUCUAUGCUUGCCUGUUAUCCAUUGCACAACGAAAAUAAUGAAUGUAAAAAAUAAAUAAAUAUAUCGUUGUAGCGGUUACCCCGGAGAGUAGAGGGGUUCCAACCGCCAGAGGGUGUCCUUCUCCCGAUGGGUGAGGGGGUAUUCGCAGCAUCCAGUAGUCUUCCAGGUGAGAGAGCUCUUAAAAGAGCUAGUGUGAUUAGCUGUAUAGCAGGUUACCCCCAAUAAGAGACAAAACUCUAGAUUGAGAGUGAAGAAGAACUCUAUUACUUGGCACCAAAGGGCCUUCUUUUAUGCAGGUUUUCCACACAUAGUACCACCCACAGGGUUUUUCAGAACAACCAAUAAACACAUUACAACACAUACAAUGCAAGUACAGCAGCCAAUCAGACACAAUGGGACAAUAGAAACACACCAUUGUGACGAAGUGCCCUUCGCCACUUGGUCCUGGAGAGGCCUGCUUGACUAUGACUCUUUGAUGUAUUUGGAUUUAAAGCCCCUAUUCUACCUUUAGACAGACUAUGUAGGUUGCUUUAUUUCUCUUAUGUUUUAGUCACCCUGUACCCAUUAUAGGUGCAGGGUGUGUGUAAUGUAAUUGUUUAUAGUGUGUGUGUGUGUACUGUGUAAUGUAUUGCCUGCUCUCCUGCUGAGGUUUGCUACCAACUAGGUGGGUUUGGCUUGGAGCUUGUCUAGUGCCCUCUGUUGGUAGCAACAGCAAUAUGCACUACCUGAAUAGCAAGACUGGUUCAUUUGCAUAUUCGGGUAGAUUUGCAUAUUGCUAAUUCUAAAGACACUUGAGUUAUUUUCUGUUAAAUAUAGUCUCCCCACCCCUUUAAAAAUGUGCCAUUGUGUUGUGACAAGUCACUGUGUGCUGUCUGCUAUGGUUUGAUUGUUUGUGAUUCUAUUGAGAUUUCACAGCAAUGUUAAUGUUGUGACCCUAUGGGCUGGUCCCAAGGGAAAUAAAGGUUUAGACAGUUCUUCUUGAUCCCUCUAAACGUAGCCUUGUCUCGUUAUUGGAGGGAGCUGGUAUAAACACACUGGGGAUUGCUAUGCUCUGCAUACUCUCCUGAGCUUGAAUCACUUAGCUCUUUAAAGAGCUUGUUCCUGACACGCUCUCCUUGGAGGAGAGGUCUUCCCCACACAGUCCUGAAUGCUGGAGGUCUUUCCCACACGGUCCUGGAGAACAGAAGCUGAUCCAGGGUGGAAGGAAGACAGCGAGACUCCAGUGAAGCUACGGCGGUUGUGGAGUCUGCGGUGGUUGUGGUGUCUGCUGCAGUGUUUGGAGUCCUCAGGAAGCGCUAGGAGCAUCCAUUAAAGGACCACUAUAGUGCCAGGAAAACAUACUUGUUUUCCUGGCACUAUAGUGCCCUGAGGGUGCCCCCACCCUCAGGGUCCCCCUCCCGCCCGGCUUUGGAAGGGGGAAAGGGGUUAAAACUUACCUUUUUCCAGCGCUGGGCGGGGAGCUCUCCUCCUCCGAUCCUCCUCUUCUCCCCGUCGGCUGAAUGCGCACGCGCGGCAAGAGCUGCGCGCGCAUUCAGCCGGUCACAUAGGAAAGCAUUAUCACAGUGAGUGAUUUUCACAGUGAGAAGCACGCAAGCGCCUCUAGCGGCUGUCAAUGAGACAGCCACUAGAGGAAAUAGGGUAAGGCUUAACCCAUUCAUAAACAUAGCAGUUUCUCUGAAACUGCUAUGUUUAUGAAAAAAUGGGUUAACCCUAGAAGGACCUGGCACCCAGAAGUGGUCUGGGUGCCUAGAGUGGUCCUUUAACGGAGGGUACUCGGUCGGAGUACAGGGAGCUCCGUUACACCCAUCAUAUUCCUCCCCUCUGCUUAGGAGGUAAUUGAGUCAAUUACUGUAUCUACUCAAUUAUAUCCAAGCUGAAAAGUUACACUUUUUAUACAUUUUUAUAACUUUGUGAGUUUACAUCGUACAUACAUAAAACUUAUAUUAUUUUAACCAGUAUAACUUGGGGACAAACCUAUCCAAAAUUCACUUAAAUAGGUUCAGGGGUUUAAAAGUUAGGUCAACGUCCUUUUGUUAUCACUUGCAAGCAUGGCUUUUCUACUGGUCUGCAGUGGCGUACAUACCGCCCUGCGACCCGGUAUGUAUGCCACUGUGGCCAACCUCUUCUCCUGGGUGGCCCAGGAGCUGGCCACCUCAGGGUCCCCCGAGGCUGGCCCUGCUGUCACCCGGCGGGCAGGCUGGUGUGUGCACGAGGGAGCACUCUCCCCUAUGUGCUCCCUCUUCAGCUCCCUUGCGCACCGCACUGAUACCGGAAGCGGAAGAUGACGUCAUCUUCCGGCUCUGGCAUCAGUACGCGGCGCGCGAGGGAGCUGAACAGGAAGCACUCAGGGGAGAGUGCUACCUCGCGCGCCCGCCGGGUGACCGGCCACCGGGCAGCCCCACUGGACCCCAGGGAAUCCCCUCAGCACUCCCAAAGGUAAGGAGGCUGGGGGGAUUACAUUUUUUAUUUUUUUUUAAAGUGUGUGUGUGUUUGUUACGGAGUGUGUGAGUGUGUGUUUUGUGAGUGUCUGGCUGUCUGUCUGUCAGUGUGUGUAUGUCUGUCAGUAAAUGUAUGUGUCUGUUAGCUAGUGUGUAUGCGUCUGUUCAUGAGUGUGUGUGUCUUAAGCACUUACCUUUCUUCAGCGCCGGACUCCCAUGGCGCUGGGGAUGUCUCCACCCGAUCCGCCUCUCCGCUCCGAAUGCGCAUGCGUGGCAAGAGCCGCAUGUGCAUUCAAACCGCCCAUAGGAAAGCAUUACUCAAUGCUUUCCUAUGGACGUUCAGCGUCUUCUCACUGUGAUUUUUACAGUGAGAAUCGCGGAAGCUCCUCUAGCGGCUGUCAAUGAGACAGCCACUAAAGGCUCGAUUAACCCUCAGUGAAACUGUUUUCAGCUGCAGGGUUAAAACUAGAGGGACCUGGCACCCAGACCACUUCAUUGAGUUGAUGUGAUCUGGGUGUCUGUAGUGGUCCUUUAAGUGUAUGCGUAUCUGCAUGCACUGGCGUAUAUAGACCAGGUGCCCGCCACCAUGUGUUGCGGCCCCAGCCCGCGCAGAGUAAGCACGCGGGGAGGUGGGGGGCCCACGGGUCAGUUUUCGCACCGGGGCCCCAUGGGUUGUGUGUACGCCACUGCUGGUCUGGCAGUGUCCCUGGGACAACUCCCUGCUGGAGAACAAUGGAGCUGGGGGAGGGGAAGAGGCACACCUUCCCAUGAAUUCAAAGAGGCAGAAAAAGUGUCUAAAAAGUUUCAAUAUGUCCAUACACUGUUUUUAAAGGGCCAGCACUAGUCCAAAUAAAAGUCCAUAAGACCAACUAAUGGUUUUUAAAGAUCCAUACAGGAGUUUUGUUACAAUCGUUUAUUAAUAAAAUUUCAUGUACACAGUUAUUAAUAUUUUGGGUGAUAGAAUUUGGUUGCUAAACUUUCCAAUUGUAUUAGACACAUGGCUAGUCUACCUCCCCCCCCCUCUUUGCUAUCCUCCUCCCAGCUGUAAAUACCUUCAUAUAACUGUUCAAUCUCCUUCUCUGUUCUUCAGGCCUCGCUUCACACUCAAACUCAGUGAAGAACUGCACUUUUUCUCACCGCCUCUUUUAGAUUGUAAGCUCAUGUGCCAUCUAGCUAAGCACUUUGUAUAUAAGAGCUCCAAUGGCUAGAUAUCAUUUUACGGGCAGGGCUCUCUCUACCUCCUUAUAUUUGUCUGUGUAUAUUGUACGUUCUCCACUAAUUGUACAGCACUGCGGAAUCUGUUGGCACUUUGUAAAUACCAGUAAUAAUAAUAUUUAUAAUUACAAAAGUGAUAGGAGUAUAAAACCAUAUACCUUAUCCUUCAAAAUAGUAAGUAAAAGUUUGCACACCCAGGCUAAAAUUGUGAAAGGUUCAUUUCCCACACCUGUGGCUUUUUAACGCCUUAAGGACGGCGGGCGUUCUAUGCCGUCCUUGGGGACUUGGUCCUAAAUGCCAGUAGGCGGCAUAUAACGUCCUCGCCGUCCUGUUCAGUUACCCGGUCACUGGUCGUCUCACCUGACAUCCUAGGGAGUCCCCCAUGCUUCCAUUCCGGCCCUCCUGGGCCAUGUGAUGGUGAGGAUAUUUCGAGAACCUCACAAUCACAUGGACGGCAUAGCCGUCCAUAGCAAUGCCAGCAGGGGACUGCAUGUAAUAACAGGUACUUCCCCUACUGCCUGUAAUUGGUAAACAAAAAGUUAAAACCCUGUUUAAAAUAAAAUAUAUAUUUAGAUUUUAUAUAUAUAUAUAUCUCAAAAUACACGUACAAUGUUAUUGAUUAACUAUAUACAGUUGCAAGAAAAAGUAUGUGAACCCUUUGAAAUGAUAUGGAUUUCUGCACAAAUUGGUCAUAAAAUGUGAUCUGAUCAUCAUCUAAGUCACAACAAUAGACAAUCACAGUCUGCUUAAACUAAUAACACACAAAGAAUGAAAUGUUGCUAUGUUUUUAUUGAACACAUCAUGUAAACAUUCACAGUGCAGGUGGAAAAAGUAUGUGAACCCCUAGACUAAUGACAUCUCCAAGAGCUAAUUGGAGUGAGAUGUAAGCCAACUGGAGUCCAAUCAAUGAGAUGAGAUUGGAGGUGUUGGUUACAGCUGCCCUGCCCUAUAAAAAACACAUGCCAGUUCUGGGUUUGCUUUUCACAAGAAGCAUUGCCUGAUGUGAAUGAUGUCUCACACAAAAGAGCUCUCAUAAGAACUAUGAUUAAGAAUUGUUGACUUGCAUAAAGCUGGAAAGGGUUAUAAAAGUAUCUCCAAAAGCCUUGCUGUUCAUCAGUGCACGGUAAGACAAACUGUCUAUAAAUGGAGAAAGUUCAGCACUGCUGCUACUCUUCCUAGGAGUGGCCGUCCUGUAAAGAUGACUGCAAGAGCACAGCGCAGACUGCUCAAUGAGGUGAAGAAGAAUCCUACAGUGUCAGCUAAAGACUUACAAAAGUCACUGGCAAAUGCUAACAUCCCUGUUAGCAAAUCUACAAUACGUAAAACACUAAACAAGAAUGGAUUUCAUGGGAGGAUACCACAGAGGAAGCCGCUGCUGUCCAAACAAAACAUUGCUGCACGUUUACAGUUUGCACAAGAGCACCUGGAUGUUCCACAGCAGUACUGGCAAAAUAUUCUGUGGACAGAUGAAAAGUUGAGUUGUUUGGAAGAAACACACAACACUAUGUGUGGCGAAAAAAAAGGCACAGCACACCAACAUCAAAACCUCAUCCCACCUGUAAAGUAUGGUGGUGGGGGCAUCAUGGUUUGGGGUUGCUUUGCUGUGUCAGGGCCUGGACGGAUUGCUAUCAUCGAAAGAAAAAUGAAUUUCCAAGUCUAUCAUGAUAUUUUGCAGGAGAACUUAAGGCCAUCUGUCUACCAGCUGAAGCUCAACAGAAGAUGGGUGUUGCAACAGGACAAUGACCCAAAACUUAGAAGUAAAUCAACAACAGAAUGGCUUAAACAGAAGAAAAUACACCUUCUGAAGUGGCCCAGUCAGAGUCCUGACCUCAACCCGAUUGAGAUGCUGUGGCAAUACCUCAAGAAAGCGAUUCACACCAGACAUCCCAAGAAUAUUGCUGAACUGAAACAGUUCUGUAAAGAGGAAUGGUCAAGAAUUACUGCAACUACAGGAAACGUUUGGUUGAAGUUAUUGCUGCCAAAGGAGGUCCAACCAGUUAUUAAAUCCAAGGGUUCACAUACUUUUUCCACCUGCACUAUGAAUGUUUACAUGGUGUGUUCAAUAAAAACAUGGCAACAUUUCAUUCUUUGUGUGUUAUUAGUUUAAGCAGACUGUGAUUGUCUAUUGUUGUGACUUAGAUGAUGAUCAGAUCACAUUUUAUGACCAAUUUGUGCAGAAAUCCAUAUCAUUCCAAAGAGUUCACAUACUUUUUCUUUCAACUGUAUAUAAUUAUAAUUGUGUGUGUGUGUGUGUGUGUGUGUGUGUGUAUAUAUAUAUAUAUAUAUUUAUAUAUAUUUUUUAAUAUAAAAAAAGUUAAUCUGUAAAUACAUUAAAAAAAUGAUUUAAAAAUGUGUAAUUUCGUUCUAACUGUAUUUUGAUAUUAAAAUAUUUUGAUAUCAAAAUACAAGUAGAAAGAAAUAAUAUAUAUAUCUAUAUACAUAAGUAUAUACGUAUAUAUCACUAUAUAUAGAUAUACCUAUAUAUCAGUGAUGACGAACCUAUGGCACGCGUGCCACAGGUGGCACGCCGAGCCCACUCUGUGGGCACGCGGCCAUAGGUCGCCGUAGGGAGGGAGGGUGCGCUCCGCCGGCGCAUCCAUAAGGCGGCACAAGUGGCCGCCUUAGGGUGCACCGGCCCGGCGGGCGCAAGGCCGGAGUGACCGGCAGGAGGUGAGCGCACAGCGCUCCCUCCUGCCAGGCACUCUGUGUAGCGUGGCCGAGCGCACCGCGGUACAGGAUCUUAUGUUUCCUGUACCCGGGCGGACGGAAAUGAAGUGCUCACAGAGAGAGCACUUCCUGUCCGCCGGGUACAGGAAACUGAGCUCUGCGCUCGGCCAUGCUUCAAGGUAGGAGACUGAGGGAGAGAUGGGGGGGCGGUAAACCGAGGGAGGUAUGGGGGGAGGGGGUGGGGGGGGGAUAAAACUGAGGGAGAAAAUGGGGAGGGGGGAAUAAAACCGGGAGGGAGAAAUGGGAGGGGGGAAACUGAGGGAGAAAAUGGGAGGGGGGAAACUGAGGGAGGUAUAAAACCUCUGAGGGAGAAAUGGGGAGGAGGAAUAAAACUGAGGGAGGUAUGGGUAAUAAACCGAGGGAGAAAAUGGGAUGGGGAAAAAACUGAGGGAGCAAAAUGGGAGGGGAAUAAACUGAGGGAGGUAUGGGGGAUAAAACUGAGGGAGAAAUGGGAGGGAAACCGAGGGAGAAAUGGGAGUGGGGAAACUGAGGGAGAAAUGGAGGGGAAUAAAACUGAGGGAGAAAUGGAGGGGGGACAAAAACUGAGGGGAGAAAUGGGAUGGGAAUAAAACCGAGGGGAGAAAAUGGAGGGGGGAAAUACAACUGAGGGAGAAAUGGGGAGGAAUACAACUGAGGGAGAAAUGGGAGGGGGGAAUAAAACUGAGGAAGAUAUGGGGGGAUAAAACUGAGGGAUAAAUGGGAGGUGGAAAACUGAGGGAGAAAUGGGAGGGGGGAAUAAAACUGAGGGAGGUAUGGGGGGAUAAAACUGAGGAGAAAUGGGAGGGGGAAAACUGAGGGAGAAAUGGGAGGGGGGAAACUGAGGGAGGUAUGAGGGGGAGAAAACUGAGGGAGAGAUGGGAGGGGGAAACUGAGGGAGAGAUGGGGGAGAGAAAACAGUGGGGAGGGAGGGCGGACGACAUACAGCACCCCUGCCCUACACACAUCACCCCACAUCACCCCACACACACCCCACAUCACCCCACACACAAACACACACAUCACCACACACACACCACCACCCCUGCACACCACACCACCCCACACACACAUCACCCCACACACACAUCACCCCACACACACACACACAUCACCCCACACACACACAUCACCCCACACACAAACACAUACACUGUAGCCCUCAAUGCAGUGUGUGUGUACACUCAGCAGUCUGUGUGUGUGUGUACACUCAGCAGUCUGUGUGUGCGUGAGUACUCAGCAGUCUGUGUGUGUGUAUUUAGCAGACUGUGUGUACUCAGCAGUCUACUAAAUACAGACAGACUGCUAAAUACACACACAGACAGACAGACUGCCGAGCACACACACAAACUGCUUAAUACACAGAGAUGUUAAUUCGGACAACUGUAGGAGUUGUUUUUUCUAAACUUAAACCUCAGUAUUCAGGUUUAAUUGCCGUUUUGGCACUUUGAGGAAAAAAAAAUUGGCAUGUAUUACGGUUUGGGCACUCGGGCUCAAAAAGGUUCGCCAUCACUGCUAUAUAUGAAUGAAAAUAAUUUAAAAAAUGAUAUAUUUAUAUACAUAUUGUGACGGUAGUCACCAUCUCUGGGGAUGGAAGACAGACACUAUGGGUGGGCUCCCAAAUUCCUUUUGUGUUUUGUCACAUUGUGCCUAUUAUUUUUGCAGGGUAUGUUGAAUGUAUUGCUGGUCUGUGCAUCUCCCCCUCCCCCCUUUUUCCUGUCCUAUUGUUUCCCCAGCAGGGCGUUGUCCCAGGGACACUGCUAGACCAUUUUAAACUAGCUGUUCUGUCCCUCCUCAAUCUCCAUCAGCCCUUGCUAUUGUCUGACCCCACCCUUCCUUGUACUAUAGUAAUCUAUGUAACCUAUUGUAUGUAAAUGAGGCUGUUGGGGAUUUAAAACUAUGUGUGCUGUAUUCAUUAAAGAGUUGCUGUUUAACCUUCACCAUGUGUCGUCUGGUGUUUGGUCCAGGGUGGAAAAGGCCCUAAGUGAUCCCAGUCAAGCCUCAGCGUCUGGGUCUGAAGUGUUUCAGGGUCCCUGAUAGCUACAAGGAAGCCGACUUGGCGGAGGUACUCGGUCGGAGUACUGGAGCUCCGUUACACAUAUUAAUUCUACUUAUAUAUUUAUGUAAUAUUUUGGGGUAUGUCCAGUCUUUUUUAGUAGCCACUUAGUCACAAACACUGGCCAAAAUUGGGCAUUCAAAUGAAUUUUUUUGAAUUUUUCACACACAAACAAAUAUUAAUGCUAACUUUGACUAGUGUUUGUGACCAAGUUGUUACUAAAAAAGACUGGACAUACCCCAUUUGAAAUACCUUGGGUUGUCUACUAUUGCAAAUGGGGGUAAUUCUCAUUCCUGGGCUACCAUACAGUCUCAAAGGCAACGUAACCAAUCUGGUGAAUUUCAAUGUGAAAAAAACUGAAAAAUGUAACACGCUAUAUUUGACCCUGUAACUUCCCAAAACACCAUAAAAACUGUACAUAGGGGUACUGUUUUACAUGUGAGACAUCGCUGAAUACAAAUAUGUGUAUUUUAUUGCAGUAAAAGCAAACAGUAUUAUGACAUUCACAGUUAAAAUGUCACUUAUUUUCUCCCAUUUUUUUUAUAUUUUAUUCAUAUUAAAUUAUGUUUCAUUGCUAAAUAUGAUGUUAAAUGAAAGACCUGUUUCCCCUGAAUAAAAUUAUAUAUAUUAAGUGUGGGUGCAUUUAAUAUGAAAGAGGUGAAUUACGGUUGGACAGACUUAUAGCGCAAAUGCCAGAUUUUGUUUACAUUUUGUUUUGAUCACAACGUGUAUAUUUGGCUCAGUCCUUAAAGGGUUAAAUUGCAAUUAGUGUCAGUGUAUAAAUAGUCAAAGAGUUUGUUAGUUCUCACGUGGAUGCACUGAGCAGGCUAAAGACUUGAGCCAUGGAGAGCAGAAAAGAACUGUCAAAAGACCUGAGUAACAAGGUAAUGGGACUUUAUAAAGAUGGAAAAAGAUAUCCAAAGCCUUGACAAUGCCAGUCAUAACUGGUCAAUCACUUAUUAAGAAGUGGAAAAUUCAGGGAUCACUUGAUACCAAGCCAAGGUCAGGUAGACCAAGAAAGAUUCCAGCCAUAACUGCCAGAGAAUUGUUCGGGAUACAAAGAAAAAAACACAGGUAGCCUCAGGAGAAAUACGGGCUGCUCUGGAAAGAGACGGUGUGGUUGUUACAAGGAGCACAAUACGACAAAACUUGAACAAAAAUAAGCUGCACAGUCGAGUUCCCAGAAAAAAGCCUUUUCUGCACCAAUGCGACAAAAAAAGCCCAGUUACAAUAUGCCCGACAACACCUUGACAUACCUCAUAGCUUUGGGCACACUGUAAUUUGGAGUGACUAUCUCAAGUGCCAUGUUUGGAGAAGGGUCAACAGGGCCUAUAGUGAAAAGACGACAAUCCCCACUGUGAAGCAUGAUAGUGGCUCACUAAUGUUUUGGCGGUUUGUGAGCUCUAAAGGCACGGGGAAUCUUGUGAAAAUUGAUGGCAAGAUAAUGCAGCAUGUUAUCAGAAAAUACUGGCAGACAAUUUGCAUUCUUCCUCACGAAAGCUGCGCAUGGGACACUCUUGGACAUUCCAGCAUGACAAUGACCCUAACCUCAAGGCCAAGUUGACCCUCCAUUGGUUACAGCAGAAAAAGGUGAAGGUUCUAGACUGGCCAUCACAGUCUCCUGACCUUAAUAUCAUCGAGCCACUCUGGGAAGAUCUCAAAAGUGCAGUUCAUACAAGACGACCAAAGACUUUGCAGGACCUGGAGGCAUUUUGCCAAGACAAAUGGGCAGCUGUACCACCUGCAAGAAUUAGGGGUCUCAUCGACAACUAUUACAAAAGACUGCAUGUUGUCAUUGAUGCUAAAGGAGGCAAUAUACAGUAUUACGAACUAAGGGUAUGCAGACUUUUAAACCGGGGUCAUUUCAUUUUUUUCUUUGUUGCCAUGUUUUGUUUUAUGAUUGUGCCAUUCUGUUAUAACCUACAUUUGAAUAUGAAUCUCAUAAGAAAUAAAAGAAAUGUGUAUUAUGGUGUAUACCAAUUCUCCAAAGCUAUGCAAACUUUUGAGCACAACUGUAUACUCUAUUCCCUAACAGGUUGGUUCAAAACUAAUGUGUACUAUAACUACAUUUAUCAAAGAAACAAACUCCAAAAAGUAACAAUCUGCAGUGAAGGGAGUAUGUAAUACUAACAAAGUGAAUCAAUUAACGUUGAUUCUAAAUAUCAAGGUGUAACCACUGUCUUUAACAAAUUGUAAAGAUAAGCAAUGUAUAAUAGUAUGUCACUGAGUAAAACAUGCAGGGAAUACCUUGAAACAAAUAAAUAUAUAGCAGUAGAACAGCUGAGUCUAGAUAGCCAUAGCGAUGGCACCUAUCCAUAAUUACUGAGGAUGCAAUCUAUCUGCUAUAAUGAACUAUCCCUGUACUAAAUACAGAGAGGAAAAAGCAGAGAAUGGUAAAUAAUACAAACACAAUGAAAUAAAAGGAAACAAUAAAUCUAGCUGUGCCAAGAAAAAUAAACCCACUAUUCUCUCAAAUCCGCUCUGAUAAGCAAUAAAUAGAAUAAAUGAGAGCCCCUGACGCGCGUUUCACCAAUCUCAUCAGAUACAUAUUUGUUCCCUGGUAUUCCCUGCACUAUUAAGUCUGUGACAUGCUUCUCUAUGGGUAGCAUUUGGAAUCACUUUACAGACGAACGAACGUUAGUUUUACAAAGAUUGCUGGACCACAGCCAGAAAUGGCUUUCUGAGUGGUUGUCUUUUCUCAAAGUUAUUGCAGGGAAAAUCCUUUUGUCCAGAAUCAUUACUUUCUGGUUCUGUUUUCUGGUUCUGGUGCUUAGAGUACAUCUUUGAUAAGACUUUCUCAAACUAGGCUAUCAACACGUCAUCUUUUUUUCCAAUGAAAAAAUUACGCUAUCUUAUCUUUGACUUCACCAAAUCCUAUUCAUGAGUUAAUGUGCUUGGCUGUCUGAACCCUCCAAUCACACUCCAGCUUUAAUUUCUUAUAUACUAAAAUGCAUAUUAAAGGGGAACACUAAACACUUACCACUGCAGCUAAUUUGAGUGUUUAUGGUGCUAUGAGUCGGUGAGUGCUGUCUUCCUGUUUUCAUUUUGAAAUGGUUAGACAAAUGAGCUACAGUGUUAAUGGAAUAUUCCAAGCACCAUAACCACUACAGUGCGCUGUAGUGACAAUAGUGCUAGAUGUGCCCUAGUGCUGCCCCCCUCAAUGUAAGCAGUCAAUCCAUAUUCUAAAGCAUUGACUUCUAAACUGGGGUCUGCUGAGGGCUGUUCCCUGUCUCCUUACAGCCAUUAACACUCUUCUCUUGUGGUGCAAGACUUAGCUGGAGCUUCCAGAUCUAACUUACUGAUGUAAAGAGAUGGGACAUGGCACCUGGGGGAUUUCAGGUAAGAAGUCAAAUUGUCAGGAAUCUGCUUCACUACUUGCAUUAGGUGGGCCUUCCUGGCACCAUAACCACUACAGUGGGUUGUAAUGGUUAUAGUGGUUGGAGUGUUCCUUUAAGCAGCAUCCAGCAAGUCAAAGUAAUAUAAAUACUUGUUGGACUGGAUGAAUGUAAGGAGGAAUAAUGCCAACAUCUUGGAAAUGUUAGGCGCCAAAUAUUAUACAGCAUUCUUUAUAGAACCACAGGAUUUAAAAAAAUAAAAAAGAUGUUUGUGAGCUACUUCUUUGAUAUAACAUAUUGAAUAGAAUAUUACAUAUUAAAUAGCAUAUAACAGAAAAAUGUCACAAAAGUUUUAUCCAUUAGGAUAACCUCAUGCCAAUGUUUUAUUUGAUCUUGUGAGGGAACGCCCAUUCGCUUUUACAUAGUGUGCGGAAUUUGACAUUUGGCUGCUGAGACUCAUUCAUGCAGUCAAAUGAUGUGGCUCAGGAAAUCUGGUAAAACGUAUUUAUUUUUGGUAAUCCUGUGCCUUAUUCUGGUAUUUUAAAACAUAAUUAUAGUCUUUAUGGGAGUGUCGGUGGAAGACCAUAUGUAAAUGUCUGUGUCCUGUAAUCUGAUAGUCCAGAGCAGCAGCUGGAACAAAUUAAGGACAAACUUAAAUCUUUCUCAUUCCCUCAUAGACAGCAUACAUUAUCUGUUCUCAUCUUAAGGAAAUCAUAGUUAGGGGUGGAUCCAGAGCCUGAAUUCAGGAGGGGCAAUGCUAGAAUUUGUGUGAGAUUUUUAUCUUUGGAAAACGGACAUAUUCAUUUCCACAAAUACAGAUACGCACACUUGCAUACAUAGAUAAAGUGACCAAUACACGCUCGUACACACAUGUCCAAACGUAGAUAACUAUACCUACAGAGAGAUACCAGAGGUUGGUCAUUCAUUCAGCGGAGGAGGAAGAACAUGUGCCCUGGUGUAAUCCCCACUCCUUUCUCAGAUUCCCCACCGAUUUUAGUAUAUAUAUCACAGGUGUAAGAGGAAUAAUGCAUGACACUGAAACUGGAAUUCACAAAAAUAAUUGGCAAUUCAUGUGAAUACUUUACUGCAGCGCUGUGUAACGUUUCAAUAAAAGGGACUAUAUCUGUGCUCUUCUGGGCCCUAUGGAUGUAGAGCCUUUGGAUUGUAAAAUGUAUUAAUCUAUCCCCUUACAGCUGCAAUUAAACAUCCGUUAUAGUGCGAUUAUAUUAACAGAAGCAUCUCUUUUUAACAUGCACUAAUCUGUGUUUGUAGGUGGGGUGAAUUACAAACCUGAUCAUUUUGUUGUCUUUCUUUUUCUUUGUCUAUGUGACACAACCUCAAACCUCCCAUUAGAAUUAUUGUGGAGGGGGGGGGGCAUAUCUCAGGGACAUAAACCAUUAUAGAGCACUGUCACUCCAACUGUUUAUGUACUAAAUGUCUUAUGAUAUUCCGAUCUUAUACUACUGACUAAGCAUUAUCAGGAUGGUAGUUCGGAAAUGAGCAAGUGGGUAAGAAAAGGAAAAUUAUAACAGCCAGUGCCAAGAAGCCUACUGCAUAACAGUAUACAAACAACAUAGGUCAGCUUGCAAAAUAAACUUUUUAAGAGAUUUGCCAUGCAAUUUAGAUGUCCAGAGUGUGCAUCAUACCUUCUAGAACAGCAUCACUACAGCUUAAAAUGAGCACUUCAAACAUGCUGAAGUGCUUUAUGUGUGAAGAGUGUCCUUCUUUUCAUUUUACAAAAAGUGCAGAUUUUAAUAUCAAUUGGCAAAUUUAUAAAUUAAACUGAGUGUAAGUCAGAAAGUUACUUCCAGGUAAUUUAACUCAGUGGUGCUAAACUCAAGAGGCAGCAAUUGCACAGGGCAGCUACCUGUCUUGCAAAGACUUCUCAUUGAGCUGCAUUGGGCAGCCAUAGAAAGACCUGGCCGGGGAAGAAAUAGAAGGUUUCUAAAGGCUGCAGACAAUAGAUCUGCAGCUUUUACAAGCGGGUUUUAACUAGAACUGUGGAAGUGCCCAUGAGACUCAAAAAAUGUAAGCAUAACCUUGGUUGUGCCUCCCCCUCCCCCCACCACAGAAUAUAAAGGUGCCCCCCCCCCCCAUGCUAUAUUAGAUUUGUCACACAGGUUCAGAUUUUGUGUUAGCUCAAGUGCAGUGUCACUUAAAAUAUUCCACUGGAAGACUGACAAGCAUACCACGUUACUAAAGGAGAGGUUGGAGAGUGGGAAAGGCUUGGUGCCAGCCUUCAUAGGUAGCCAUCAAUUAGAUUAUUCUAGGUAUCUUCAUCAGGUACCAGGUAAUUGUAACGUGAGAAGUAGCCAGAAACAAUUUUAGGAAAUAAUAGCACAGCGGAAAACAAAAAUCUGUCAAACCUGUAAGACUUUUUGCCAUCAUUUUGCAAGUUGGUUGAGUCACCAUCAUUUGUCUGUCUAGAGAAUAGACUCCAGCACAAAAUUUGGACCGACACAGCCUGCGACCUAUGUGGCUCUAAACUUAAUUUGUUUAUGAAGAUAUGAGAUUAAUUUUGUAAUCUCUAUAAAUAAUAAAUAUAAGAAUUGCCUAAAUGUUUAGAUCUAAGAUUUGCAAAAAUAAUCCACCCUGCAUUAAGAAAAUGAGUUUGCAUUAUUCAAUCUAUUUAACAUCUAGAGGAGCAGAUGUAUACAAUAGCCACAUUAUUCCUGAAAACUCAAAUCUUUCUCUCAUCACAUUAUUGUUACACAUAUCUAUGUGAAAAGCAAUUCCAGUAAUUGCUUUGCUGUUUCUUCUUAUUUCUCUAUAUAAAUAAUUUAACACGUGGUUUUUUUUUUUGGUGGUUUUUUUUUUUUUAUUGAGGAAAGCAGCAUUUUACAACAUUUUAAUUUGUGAGUAUUACAUUAUACAAUUUGUAAUAAAAACAGGUGAGUAAUAGACAUUUUACACAGCCUAAACAAAGCUUAAAUAGGCUUUGAUUUAAUAUUUUUGGGAUAAGCUUUUCAUUUGAUUAAAUCAUUUUUGAAAUAAUUUUUCUAAAUAUUAAAGGAACACUGUAGGGUCAGGAACACAACCAUGUAUUACUGACCCUUGUCAGGAUUACUGUAGAUGCCCAACACGCAGAACUUAAGUAGAUAAUGGGAAAAUACCUAAGAUGUAUUACCGGGCCUUAGAAUGGCCGGAUUUAACGUAUAAAGGUAAAAAAACCACAAAAGAGGGUAAAGACAAGACGUAGGAAUAACGUAAACGAUGAAAAAGCCACGGCUUAAGGAAUGGAGAUAUCGGAAUAGUUAGGAGCCAAGUCAAAGGUCAAGGAAUACAGAAAAAGGGAAGCCAAGGUCAAAUACACAAGAAUCAAUACAAGGAACGUACUCAGGAUAACCACAAUGGAAACCACGACAGGGCACAGAGAAAUGGACAAAACAGGCUUAAAUAGUCUAAGGUGCUCCUUGAUUGGCUACAAGAAAGCAUGUGAUUAUGAGUGUGUGAGAGUAUCACACUCACAAACCUAUAAUCACAUGCUUUCUUCAUUAUGAAACUAAUGAUCUGGCCCUUUAAGGGUUAAACAAAAAACCCGUAAAACAUUCAAAGUUGCAGCGGCCGGCGUCUCUAAUGUUUACAGACGCGGCUGCUGUGAGAGGUGGAGGAGCCACUACCAGGAUCAGGUGAGUGAUUGGCGGUAUUUCCAUUGCCUUGUGGGAAUGCCACAAGACCGAGUGUCUGCUGGAUAGGUAAGUAUUCGGCGGCAUUCCCCUUAGCGGACCCCGCGGCAUGACACCCUAUAGUGUUAAAACCACCGUUUAGGUGGCUUGGCACCCGCUUAGCCCCCUUAAAAGGUAAUAUAACUUACCUUAUUUUCAACACGCGCGUGUCCAAAGGCAUUUGCCCUGCCUUGAGCUGCCUCCUUGGUUAAAAAUCAUAAAUUCUGAUGAUUUCAACAUACAGGAAAGCAUUGGAUUGGCUGAAACCGGCAAGGGGACGGGGCAGGGCCAAACACCAUCUUGGCCAAUCCGCACCACCUCAUACAAUUAAUGCAUCUCUAGGAGUAAAAUUCAGCGUCUCCAUUAAGAGCGUGGAGAAGCUGAACGGCAGUGCUGCCUAAAGUGCAGCACUGCUCCAGGAAGCACCUCCAGUGGCCAUCUGAGGAGUGGAUACUGCAGGUGUCCCUAGAGGGCAAUGUAAACACUGCCUUUUCACUGUAAAAGUCUGGGGGAGUAGUCUGGCGCCCCGCCAUCUUAAAACGUUACUAGUCGCCACUGGCCAUAAGUGUCUCUGUUAAAAAUAAUAAAAAUGUAAGAGAAUAAAAAUGGUGGUGUUAUGAAGAAUCAAAGAGGGUUUUGGAUCAUCUGUUUACAGCUGAAAUUAACCCAUGGAGUAGCUGACAUGUUUCAUGACAGCAGCAAUAUUUGAAAUAAAACUAUAAAGUUACUAUAUAAGAUGAGAUCAUGAGAGGAAGAACUAAGAGAGGUCUAGGAAGAUAGAGAGAGAGCUGGAACAUUAUAGACAUGCACUGUUUGGGGAUCUCUGUAUUGCAGCUCUGCGUAAUCCAUCACACUGAUCCUGGCUAUGUGGGAUAAUAAUCUAAUCUCCUUAUUGUGCCCAGUUCUAUAUAUAAUUUCUUUGUAUUUUACUCAGCUCUACAUAUGGUUGUAUGGGGAUCUCUGUAGUCUUCCCAGCUUUGUGUAUUAUGUAGGUAUCUCUGUAUUCUACUCAACUCAAUGUAUUUAAUAGAUAUCUUUGUUAUGCCCAGUUUCCUUAUUGUACGAGCAUCUCUGUAUUAUGCUCAGCUCUCUCUUCAGUUUGCUUUUGAGAGGUCACAGGAGAGGUACGCCUGACACUCAUGAAGUAUUUUAAUCUGCAUAGAACAUUUCGACUGCACUCCAGAGCUGACAAAGGGUGACGUACCCACAACACACACUGGGUACAGAUUGCACACUCCAGUUUACCUGUUUGUUUUUGUUAUCCUGUUUUACUGAUGCAAUACAUCAUGUUUUGUUCUGUUUCUUGUCAUGACACCAAUGUGAUAUCUAGAACUGCUGCAGAUCAGUAUGUCAUCGCGUCAUUGAGUGGAUUGUUACAUUAUUGCCAUGACAUUCCUCGUUAUAUAUUCAUACCACGUCUGUGUUUAAAUUAAAAUAUAAAAUAUAAAUAAAAGUAUGUUUUGAAUGCAGUUUCCCCAUAUGCUUUUAAUUUCAUCAUUUAUAUUUAAACUCUGAGAAGUGACAUUGGUUAUCGAGCAACUGACGACCAUCUCAUGAUAAAGGUCCCUAGACUUACUACUCAUGUGCUUGACAUAUGCUUUUGAUACUUUACCUAAGAUUUUGCUUUACACGAUCAGGUAUGACAUCAUACAUCCAGACUGAUGCUCAUCUAAUAACUGAUAGUCACGUACAUUUGCGCUAUGCUGAAUAUCGAUAAAUAGCUGUCAGUGUGAAGAAGUAGGAAAGACUGAGGUAGUUAAUGCUUACAACUAAAUAGCCAACUAUAUUUAUCUUUUUGUAUGUUAACCUGCUAGAAUGUAAAAUCUCUAAAUUAAUAGUUUGCAGGUCACUCCGAAUAUAUAUAUAUAUAUCCAACCCCCACAUCUAUUGGCUCCCUCAUGAUUAAGUAAAUUUGACCUUUUAGCUUCCUACCCCUAGAACAAUCCCCCUCUCCACAUUCUAUCUGCCACCUCUUUAUCAUUUUUCCACAGACUUUUAAAGGCACACCUCUUCAUUGAAGCCUUCCCCGUCGCUUCCUAACCCAAUCCCUCAUUUGUCUUUACAAUAUAUCUUCUUCAUACUCACGGUGUACAGUAGUACUCCUUAUAUUGGCACAAUCAUGGAUACAUUUCUGUUACUUCACAAUUUUAUUUUCUCCCCACAACCUUUUUUCUCAAUGUACAAUUCCCCUCUAGAAUUCUCUUCUCUUUUAAUUUCAUACAUCCAAUUAUUUAUUCCCUGAUUACAACAUACAGGGGCCACUAGGACUAAACUUCGAAAUUAUAUAGUACUAAAUGAAAUGAAAUCACCGUUAAUUCGUUGCGUUGGGGAACACAUUUUUUUUUACCAUUCGCUUCCACGUUUCCCCCGUGUGCCAGCUAAUCAGGAAGAAUUGGCGCUCCUUCGUGUUAGUUCAGGCAGUAUCCAGUCAAUCUCCGGGUGUGUUGCACCGUGAUACUGAUCUUAACUUUAGUAGUGUUUGAGCAGUUCUCAGUAACAUUUCGGGGUGCAUCUCACCAUGCACGUUGAUCUGCGUUCCACUUUUCUAAUUUUGGUGCCAUCACUAAUCUUGUACCAAGAUUGUUCUAAUAUUGUACAGUUGUAUAUAUGCAACUUAUGUUGGUUUGUCUGUAGAGACUCAUAUUUUUUAGCCCUCUUGUAACUUAAGAACUUUCAGGUGGUGCCAGGAAUUACUCAGUGCUUGUAAUAUGACUAUUUUGUAGCUCUGUGUGCUCUGUGCAGUUGACCCCAAGGCUGGUGGUUCUGGUACUUUAUUUUACCUGAGCAUUUUCAUACCUUGUCAAGUGACUGCAAUUGUAGGGGUUUAGGCUUGUAUAUGCACACAUGUCCAUACAUACCAUAAAUUAAACAUAAAAUUAUAUUAAUCAUACAAUGUUGCUAUUUUUUUUAUUAUUUUUUUAAAGCUAUCUGUUUGACCUAAAAGAAAAUGAUGAUGUUUGUCGUCAGGCUCUGAAAUCCGGAUCAUUCUACCUCUUUCACGAUCUGUUGCCAUUACUCAGGAAAUCUGGCAGUGGCUUUUCUGUACCAACAGUAAGCGCUCAAGGUGAGAUCUAUUCUCUUAUUGAUUGAAAAGAGAGUAUGCAUGAUAUAAAGUAUAAAGAAUAUUGUUACUGUCACAUAGUGCUUCCUUUGUAUUUGUCAUAAGUGACAGUUUAAUAGCAGUAAUUUUCCUGCAAUUUGUGCUAGCUCAACUGUUACAUGUAAUACAAAUUAAAGCAUUCAAAUAGUGCUUAGUAACAGUCCAUAAAUGGUUUAGUUAUUCAAAUGACUUCCACCACUUCCAUGUCCUCAGAAAUGGUACUGAUAACUCUAUUCAUGUGUUAUCAUAUAGUUAUGUGAAGAAGUCUCUUACAGGUGGUUUUGACCAGUAUGGCUUUGAACCACCAAUCACAAUAUACUAUUUCUGUGUAUAUACCUAAAUGAACACUCCAAGUACAAUUGCCAAUAGAGCUUGCUGAAGUGGUUACGAUGCUUAAAGUGCUUUGGCGACCACCACCAUUGUAAGGAAUUAAACCAUUUUAAACCGAUUGACUUCGUACUAGGGGUCCUCCAGGCGAUGCUUCCCGCCACCAAUACCAUCUCCUGAUGGUUCCUCAGCAGAAACUUCUGUUGGCUCUCGUAAGCUAAGCACUGAAAUGCAUGGGGAUGCCAGGGCGCACCUGGCAUCCUAAACACCACAGUGAGCUAUAGCGUUCCUUUUAAACAUGUAUAUAGGAAAAUGGCAAUAUAUUUAAUGUUUACAAAUUAACAACAGCUCAUCAGCUGCUGAUGAGCUGCGAACAAUGUCGACUUAUUCCUGAUCCAUUAUUGGAUCAGUGAAAAUUGUCCCUCUGUUUCACCAAUUGCUGUCCUACUAAUAGUGGAGUUAUUGACGCAUCAAUGGAACCAUCACUAACACAUUUAACGCAUCAAAACAAAAAGUGCCUCACUAAAAUGGGAUUUGGAGUGUGGUUAAGUUGAAGGCCAAAGCCUGUUUUACACUUUCUUAUGUAGGGGGACAAGUCAGUUGUGUUAUUGUGUUAAAUUUGAAUGUUAGCCUUUUAGACCUAAAUCACCACUAAGAUUUAUUUUUUGACACAGAGUUACAAAGAACAAUCAAUAAGCAUGGACAGGAUGAACAGAAAAUUGAAGAUGCGGUUUUAGUUGGCUGUUCCAAAUCAUGUGUUGCAGAAUUUGCAUUGGAUCUUGGUAAAUAAAUGCUAUCUUUGUUUUCUGACUAUUUGUAUUUGAAAACUUUGUUACACUAUUAGACAUGUCAUUAUAAUUAUUUUUUUAUUUGUUGGAAUUUAUGUGUCAAUGCCAUUUUAUUGAUUUUCUCUACUUUGUUCACAAAGAGGAUGAAUUCCAUUGUGGUGAAACUAUCUCUUAAACAUUAUGUAUUUCACUAUGUUCAUGCAGCUUCAAAUCAUUCUCAAUAUGUAUAGAUCAAAAGGGAAAAUUUAUUUAGUUUUGUCCUCCUGUGAUAUCAUCACCCUACCUUCUGAUUUCACCAAGAGUCCCUGUAUUUGACAUUUAAAUCCUGAAUGUUUGGGCAGUGUUGAAAUCUAAAUACUGUGAACUGGUUCUGCCCCUUAAUGUGGCAAUCAUGAGUGUGCUGGCAAAAGGGUUAGGGGUGCAAAUGUCCCAUGGCCCACUACCAUAAACCAUUAAUCUGAAAAUUAAAUAUUGGGAAGUGUGUUUAGGAUGUCUUUUUUGCAGGAAUAAGUCAGCAAGCAGGAAUUGUGCAAGGCCUUUGCUAGCCUGGAACGUUUGGGUUUGUGAAUGGACUGGGGGUCUGUGCUCUGCAGGCAUGGCCUAUCCCACUAGAAUAUUUUAAGGUGGACUGCAGUAUCUGAGACUGAUUAGGUUGCAAGGCUACAGUAAGCAUGUAUGAUGUUCAUGGAGGUGUUUGACAGUGAGCACAGGGUAAGAUGAGACAGACUCUGCAAAUGUGUCUGUGAGAAACAGAAUCUGCCAUAAAUGCUCCUUCAUACUGUGCAGGGCAUACUGAUGGAGGUUACAGGAAAAUGAUGGCACGCUGUGUAAGUCCAAUGACCUCCAUCUGGGUGGUCUGUCAUAUGUUCCAUAUGAGUAGGACCAUCCACACUGAGAUCUGAGAGUAUGGAGCACAUAAAAUGGCCAUUUAUUUGUACUUGCCCCCCAGGGUGAUAAGUUGCCAGCCCUCCCUGGGUGCAGUUACAUUUUUCUAUUUGGUUGGAGGUGGAGAAAUCAGCUAAUUGCCCCAGUAUUUUAUUUCUCAUACUAGGCAGCAUGCUCAUCCAGAGAAGCUCAUGAGCCAUCUUGCUGUGUACUUGAAAUGCUGAGCUCAUCUUCUGAUUAUUUUUGUGUGGUUAUAUCUAUGUUGUACUGUAUAUAUUUCCCUAAUUAUACAACAUCAGGAAUAUGUUUGUGCUUUGUAAUUUUAUUAUGGAGCAUGUAGGAGUAUUGACGUGGGUAACCCAUAGCCAUGCACUCUUCUCUCACGGUCAGCAAUACAUUGCUUUAGACAAUAUCUAAUGUGCACUAUGAGAAAUCUGUUUCUGCUUUGACUGGCCUGAGAAUGAGUUGUCUAUUGAUAAUGUUAAUGCUUUUUCCUAAUAAAUCUUGUAUGCAGUGAUAGUGAUCUUCUAUUGGGAUUUCAGCUUUGUUGUCGUUUUAAUAACUUCUAUUUCCUGGUAUUUGUUCACACAUGAAAAUCACGCAGACUGAUUUUGACUGUUUUUCUGUAUUGCCCUUUAUGGUUUAGGAUGCCUUGAAAAAUCCAGUUUGGAAGCCGACUUAGAUGGGACCUUCACCUUCCUACCCAAAGCACUCCUGCUUCUAGAAGGGAAAUGUGCUCCACUAGUGGCUCAGGUAUAACUGCAUGCUCUUUAUUGACCUAACUUCCACAUUAUGCUGUCCUAGUGACCUCAUGUACAGUACUUGUCCUUCCAAAUUUAAUGGGUUGGCUGGGAUAUAUUAACCUCAUCCUAAAUUUAGUCUUAGAACAAUGAACUUAGAUUUUCAUGCAUUUGUUUUGUAAUCUAUUUAUGGAAAUAGAUGGCUGCAUUAAACAAUAUGUAGGAAUAUCUAAAGGACUCAUUGUGGCUAGAGGGGUUUCCGCUAGCCCUUGCUGACACUGCCAAAAGAUCGUCCGGGGUUGCUGUAUCUCUCAUGCAGAGAGAACAUGUUUACGGACUGCCCUCAUGGGUUGGAUCAGUCGGAUAUGAAAAUGGUAUAGGUUCUCUUUGAAAUGGCAAAGUGAGCAAAAACAUUUUUGAGACCUGAGCAGGGACUAACUGAAGUACAAGCUACUGAGUUUUUGACUUUUCUUAGAACUCAUAGUUGGGUUUGUUGCACUAAAAAAAGAUUGCAAGCACCAUAAUCAUACUAGCUAUUGAGACCAUGUCACUGCCUCUGCACUUUCACUUUUGAAAUGUUUUUUUUUUUCUUCAUAUAUUAAAAAAUAUAUUCAAUAAUGUUUAGUGCAGUAGCUCCACCCUCUGGCUUCUUAUAUAAUUUUAAAAUUUUUACUUCCUCAUUCAACCAUCCAACAAUUUUGAACACAUGGAGUGCUCACUGCAUGUUCACGCUAAGCAAAUCACCUUCAGCAUCGCUGGGAGCUGUGCUGGUAGUGCACACACGUGCAUACAGUUUUCCUGUGUGACUUCCUGUAAUAGUGUUAAAUCGGAUAUUCAUUCAUGCUUUGUUUGUGUAUUUUUGUCUGUCAGUGUAUUUGUCUGUCUAAUCAUUUGCCUAAACAUUUAUUCACAAGAAAGUGCAGUGAAUGUCUGCUUAGAGUUUGUGACAGUCAGAACCUUGGUGGUACUGUGUAUACUCAGAUGGAAGGUUUAUGUCAUUUCCUCGAACAUGCAAGCUGAACUGACGAGCAGUCAUGCCGGCUUACCUGUGCUUCACCUUUGAAGGGUUCUAAGGAGCAUUGUCAGUUGAGUAGAAAUAAAAACACACAGAAAUAAAUUCUGCACUCAGCUUUCCAUUACCCAUGGGCAGCAGCAAUGGCUACAGCAUCCAUCAGUCCAAAUAGCACUGUAUUUUUUCUGGUAUGUUUAGAGACCAUGAAAAUACCCAGGUUGGUGGGGCACAAACUGGGAAUGUCCUGCCAGGUUCAAUGAGAAGUAUGCUUGACAUAUUUAACAUUGUAUGUGCAAGGGGCAGACAUUACAGUGGGGGUCCCUGUGUCACUUGUUAUUGCUCAGAAUUGGACUCGAGCAACUGGUCAUUGUAGGCAACUGGGUUUAUAGUUGCUGUUGGCAUAGGUUAAUUAUCCCAUCAGAUUUAACUGAAAAUAUAUAUAUAGAGAAAUAUAUACAGAGAGAUUAAUCUCUCUAAAAACUCACAUAUUUUUGUAAUUUGUUCUUUAUUAAAAGCUUAUGCUCAUUCCAUGCAUUGCUAUGUUUCUUUGAUAUGUUGGCAUUUACAAAUUCUGCUGUCUUUCCCAGGUGCCUGCUAAUGUCUCUGUGAAGCACAAUAUUUGCACAUGCCUUCCUUUACCUCUUCUAACAGAUGUUGAUGUAUCGCACACAGUUCUGUGUAUUGUGUUUAAAGAGUGUAACUAACUAGCAGUCAUUUCUAGGCUUGUGGAAACCUAUUUGGUAGAGCUAUGCAAUGGUUCAUUUUGCAAGCCCCAGCAAAGAGGACCUUCACAUUUAUAAACAUGCCCCUAGGACAUACUUAAGGGCACUAUACCACCAGUUACUUUUCUGUCAUUCCUGCCAGAGAACUGAGAGCUUGUUGGAACACAGAACAGUUUAUGGCUUCAAGCUGAUCUGUCUACCGUUGAUUCUACGAGAUUUGUUCUGUGUUUGUUUCUGCUUGCCCAGGCUUGUGUCAGCUCUGCCGGCUAAGUUUAACAGCGAUCGCCUGUUGUAAUACAUAAAAUACUGCUGGAGAGAGUUGCAAUGCAUUCUGUUAUUUACAGACAUAGUUUUCUUUAAGAUGUUCUGUGCAAAAUAUUGCAAAGCAUUUGCAUCAUUCAAGUAAUUCAAAUACAAUACAGCGAAGAAUGGUUUACGUGCUAUACUACACGUGCUGUACUCUGCUGACCUCUCUGGCAGCAAUAGAGAAUGUGAAAUCCUAUUUUAUAUUUUAGCACAGCUGGUUGACUUAUGCAACCCUUCAGUGGAAUUUAGACAGGGAAUCUGUAACUAUUUUCAAGUCUCAGUGCAGCACAUUUCGAAACCAAUUUAAUAUGAGAUGUGCAGGGUAUAAUAAAACUGUACGUGUAAAAUUCAGACAUUUUAAAUAAACAAUAAUUCUGUGUGCCUAUGUUGUUUUUCAUCAAAUAUACAAGCAAAUGUGAUAAAUUUCCGCAAUGAUCCCUCUUUAUAAACGACUUACUGAAAAUAAUAAAAAUUGGGAAAUGCAUAAUGACUUCACAAAAUGUUUUCACAUCAUUCACAAGACUCACUUGAUGUUUUUUCAUAUCUUUAUUUUGAUUUUGUGUGUGUAGCAUAAGACAUAACGGCCAUUUGAUUGUAGUUAUGUUUUAUUUGCUAUUUUCAAAUUGAAAACAUGAUUGCUUAAUCUGUAAAAGUUAUGCUUGCUUAUUUUUUGGAUUUUGUUCUGUAAAGUUUUCUAUGGUUUGUAUAUAAAAGUGCGCAGAGCUAAACUUGGUUGGAGUAGAACUACAUUCGAGUUGACGCGAAGCCAGACUUGGCUAGCAGCAGAGCUAGAUUUGUGUAGGGGAGCUAGCCUUGAGUUGAAUAAAAAAACAUUGUGACAUCCUAAUUAAGUAUAACAGCCACAUUUGCUGAGAAUCAUGGCAACCAUACUUGUCUAACAAUGUCUGUUGCUGUUUUUCCAAUAUUAUACAGAUUUUUUUUUUUUUUACCUUGAUGCAAUUUGUUGGUUUUUUUUCAGGCGCAAGCUCUUCUACGCUGGCACGAGACCCACCAAUUCUGCAGUAAAACUGGGAAUCCUACAAAAAAGAAUCUAUCUGGAAGUAAACGAAUCUGCAGCACAAAUGGGCUGAUUUAUUACCCACAAGUGAGUUAAAGGCUACAGUAGCAUCAGGGGAUAAUUUACAAGCGUACAGUGUUUUAUCACCUGUCUUUCAUAUGGCAGGGAUCACAUUUUAAUGUACAGUACACAGGGCCGGUGCAAGGAUUUUUGCUGCCCCACACGCUCCACUAAUGAUGUAACAUCACACAAACCACACUCACAUAUGCUUUAAAUUGGUGGGGCAUCUUAAUGUCCCAUCCAUACAAACACAAUUUCACUGGCACAAACACACACAAGCAAGCUCAUACACAUAAGCUUUCUGACACACAAAAGCUCACUACAUACAAUUUCACUAUAGACAAUUUCACUUAUGCGAUCACACACAAGCUCACUAUAGACAAGCUCACUGUCAUAUACACAGACAAGCACACUACACAAUAGCUCACUGACCUACACAUGCAGACAAACUCAAGAUCACUAUAGACAAGUUCACAAUGACACACACUAAAGCUCACCAUACCCAAGCUCACUAUAGACGAGCUCAAAGUGAAAAGUGACACACACCAAAGCUCAUUAUAGACAAGUUCACACUGAUACACAGCUACGCUCACUAUAGACAAGUUCACACUGAUACACAUUCAAGCUCACUAUAGGCAAGCUUACACUUGACAUACACCUAAGCUCACUACAGACAAGCCGCUGACGCCUCGCUGCCAUACUGAUCCCAUCCUGAAAUUUACUGCCUUUUUAAAUCCGUAAAACAGUUUUACAAUCCCUUACUGGGUCUGCCUGGGCGGCCAAAUCACCCGGUCAGACCCAGACAACAUUGCAGCUGCAGUUUUGCCUCUGGUGCCCUAGGCCACCGCCUAAGUGGCCUAAGGAAAUUGCCAGCCCCAACAAUACAGAUAAUCUGUGGCUGAAAGCACUGUACAUAUAAUACUCUAGAUACUCAGUUCUUUCUUAAGGCACUUAAAGACUGGUUCACGCUAUGUCUGGAGUUUGCACUGCAGGCUCCAAAUGAGAGUAAAUUUAGUCUGGAUUUCAACCGGAUCAAACGCUCAAGCAUGGCUGAAAUCCAGAACUGGAUUUUUACAAUCUGGGCCUGGCUUUUAAACCUCCCAACAUAUUGCCCGCUGGCAGUGCUUGCAGUCAGAGUUCCAUUUGGACAAAGUCCAGGGUUUUUAGUGAAGAACCCUGCAUAUUUGUCCAGCUCAACUUAUAUAUUUCUUGAGAAAAGUGUUAAGAAGCCACUAAAAAAAAACCGGACCGCUUCAUCUGAAUGCUGUUUAGUAGAUAUGGAAAUGUUAUAAUUGCAGGGUUAGCAUACCUCCAGUAGCUGUCUUCCUGUGUGAACCGAGACAGACUCUAUUCCCAAUCAAAUGUAAAACUAUGGCAUUUUGGAAUACUAAAGAACAAUUUUAAAGCAAUAUAAUUUGCCUGGAAUUUCAUCAGUUUUACCUGGAUAAAUAUGUUCCUAAAUGCAGAGGUGUAAUAUAAGCCUGAUAUAUACAAAAUCCACAAGUUUAGUUAUUUAUUAAACUAAGAAUUGUAUAAACUUCAUCUGGAAAUUGCAGGAUUUAGGCAAGAGUAGACAAAUUGCAAACAAAACCAAUAUAUCCAACUGCUAUAUUGUCCUAGAAUUAUUAGACAAAAGUAUAAUUGUUUGAUCCUGUAUUUUCUCAUUUUAUGCCAAUACAUAUAAAUAAUCUUUGCAACAUAUGAACAGCAGACCACACACACACAAUAUGUUUGUCUCUGAUGUAUGAUCAGGCAGGGCCUCCUGUGUUUGAAAUUCAAUGUACACGUUAUAAUUCAUUGAAACCUGGGUUCUUUUCAUUGGAAAGUCUAUAUUGUUAAAGAGGUUUUACUAAUUAUAUUGUAAUAGCAUCUAGACCAGGGGUGCCCAAAAAGUAGAUCCCUAGACGGUUUAAAACUACAACUUCCAUGAUGCUUUGUCAUUCUAAAAGGGAGUUGUAGUUCUACAACAUCUGGGGAUCCACUUUUUGGGCACGCCAGAUCUAGCCUAUGUGCAAAUGCGUUUAAGCUCAUGCGAACGAAUCACAUGCGGUUUUGUUGGAUUGAUUGUAUGUUGCUUAAGAACUAUUUUUUAUGCUAGGAGUCUUUAUGCUGAUCUAAAUAAUAUUUAUAAAUAUAGACAUAGAGGCACGGUGUCAUAUUACACUAAAUUAACGUUAAGAAGGCUUUUCACUUAAUGUUGAAGGGCAUUCUAAAACUAUUUCCCACCCCUAUUUCCUAUAACAUUCUGUAAUAACCAAUGCUGGAUAUAUGAAUAUAUAGUGGCUGGAUACUGAAGUUUAACUUCUGUGAAUAUUGUCUCUAGGUUUUGGGAGUGUUGGAGUGUUAAGCCUUAUUUCUGUUUUUAUUUGUUUCCUCUGUCCUCUUCUAUAUAAGCUGUUAUUUUUGCCUUUUUUAUUUAAAAUUUUUUAUGCAUCCAAAAGGUUACAUGACAUUUUAUAUGUAGGUUGUUCACAUAAUUCAGAUGCAUCAACAUUAUCGACAUUUGGGAUAUGCACACAAUCGUUUUAGCUAAAAAUCUUACAAUCCUCACCAUUGAUACAUUCAUUGUAUCUACAUGAGCAUGCAUUAGUCUAUAGACAUGUAGAAGGAUGAAAUUCGUAGUGUGGUCUGGUUUGUAUACAUGUCUUAGUUGUAUUGUUCUUGCCCCUCUGAAUUGUGUUCAGUGUCUGUGUGCUGUCUGACAUAGCUAAAGUUAAAAUCAGUGUGGCAAGAAUGCCUCAUUUAAGCAGUAUCUCUAUCGUGGGUUACCAUUUGUAGUGUGGAGCAUUUACGUUGGUGCCCCUGGUAGUUGCACUGAUUGUAAAUUAUUAUUAGAGAGUGAUUUUACAAGAGCCAUAUUAUGGGGUCUUAGUGCACAACCCAGGAGAUGUGAUCGCUAAAACAUAGAAAACUAACUGGAAAUAGGUCCAGAAUAGGCCAAUUGCUGCCAGGGGGAGGGGAGACAAGUCAAGAUAUCCAUAUAUAGUAAAGUACUGUGGCCUCAAAACUAUCCGUAUUUUAUCUGUACUGUCCUCCAGUAUGGGUAGACAGUCCAUAUUGCUCAUAUUCCGUUUCUGGCAUGGUUAAAGGCCCAGAAUCUCUGGUAUCAUGGUAGUGAGUUAUGUGUUGGUGAUAUGGCCAUACCGUAUGCCUAAUACGCUCAUGUUAAGUUCCUAACUUCAAGUUUAUUCUGUAUGAACUUCAGCAAUGGUUCCAAUAUUUUUGUAUAUAGGGCGUAAUUGUCAGUAGAAUAGUAGUGGAGUUCUUCCAUCACUUACGUUUUCAAUUUUCUGAAACCAUUCCCUUAUCGUUGGAGCAGUGUUUUGUCUCCAUUUAGUUGGUAUAAGUUUAUUUGCUGCUGUGAGCAGAUGGUUUAUGAGAAGACAUUGUGGUUUGGGGAGUGUGGAUGGGUGUAGUAGGAAUAGCAUAAUCUUGGCUGUGCAAAGGAUGCGUGUAUCUGUUGCGAUGUAUAUCAUUAGGGAUAUUCGCUUCUAAUAUUCUUGGAUAACAGGGCAUGACCUAUGCCCAGGGCAUGAUAUGUGCAGAUGUACCUGUCCUUUGGGAGCAUCUCCAAAAUACAUCAGAGGCAGUCGUGAAUAAUGAUUGUAGCUUGUCUGGUGAGUAAUGCCAGCGAGAGAUUCUCUUGUAAUUUGCUUCCAUAAUGCUACAGCUAAUGGUGGUGUGUAUUUGUGUGAAAAUGGUGGUUUAUUCAGCGGCUGUUAGUGUGAUUUCUAAGUCUGUGGCCCAAGAAGUUGUAAAUGUAGGUUCUAAGUGUUUGUGUUCUAACUGUAGGAUUUUAUAGAAAAUGGAAAGGCGCUUUGUCUUCACCGUGCAGUUUUGGCAUUUUGAAGAUGCUGAGAGGGCGAUUGCCUGUCAGUAGAAGUGCUUCCAAGUGAACAAAGUGCGUGAGUUGGAUAUAGAAAAAGAAUUCUAGAGGAGUUGGUGGUUUGUUAUGCGCCAGUUAAGAAAGCAGUUUUAAGGAGUUGGCUUCUAAGAUUGAGUCCCGAGUAAGAUACUUUGAGUUGUGUAGUGGAUGAAAUGUGGCGACCCAAAAACCAGGAGGAAAGAGGGGGUUAUGCAUUUUUGGAUAAUACGGGUGUAGCCUUAAUGGGCCGGACUUGUAACAUAUAUAACACUUUAGGUAGAUUGUUAAUUUUUAGUAUACUGAUUCUGCUUGUCCAACUGAAGUGUGGUUUAUUUCAAGAGGUUAGAUCUUUUGUUAUGCUUUGGAGAAGUGGUAGAUGGUUUAGUUCGUACAUUUUAGAGAAGUGUUUCGCUAGAUGAACUCCUAGAUAUUUCACGUCUGUGGUUGCCCACGUGAAUGAAUAUGAAUUCUGUAUUGUGGCUACUGUUAGGUCAUUUGUGUGAAGAGGCAGGAUUUCACUUUUGAAGAAGUUUACCCGGAAAUUGGAUACAUGAUGGUAUAGGGGUAACUCCUCUACAAGAGGGGCCAUUGAGAUUAAUGGAUCAGAGAUCGUGAAGAGCAAAUCGUCUGCAAAGGCCGACACCAUAUACUCAUGGUGAUUGCUGCUUAUUCCGUGAAUUAGUGGGUGGUCUCGGAUGCUCUGCAAAAAGGGCUAAAAGGUUAAGAUAUAGAGCAGUGUGGAGUAUUUUUGUCUUUUGUGAUGGUUCUUGUAUGCUAUUACUUCAUUUUGUUAUAUAAUUUGAUGCUUGCCCAGAUUCCCAGGACUUGACGGAUUAAUUUCAGUCUUCUUCACUGCAGGUGAUUUGGGGCAUUCUUUAAAAUGUAAAGAAGUAUGGUGGGCAAUGAGCUCAAACUUAUUACUAUGUGCAUGUCUUUGCACAAAACGCGUUAAGUUGAGGUUGAGACGGUCUGUACGAGGAGAUUUUUUGUUAGCUACAUAAUAAAGUUUUUCAUUAGGUUGGAGGUUGCAGUAUUAUCAUUCCUUUAGAGAGAAAUUUAUUGAUCCUAGUUAGAUCAUUCGUAUGCCCUAUAACAAUACCCUGUCCUUAAAUAGUUUCCAAACCGUACCCAUGUGGCAUCUUAUUAAUUUUUAUUAUAGAAAAUGUAGCUGCUUUUGGUAACUUAUUGCUUUAUGUGAAAAUGUCAGGUACCCAUUUGGCUUGACGUGACUUCAGUUUCAAAGCUAAUAAAAUGAACCACUGAUGAAUUGUGUCUGUCACCUUCAACAGAGCAGUAUUUUUGGAACAAAAAAGUGACUGCAUUUGCUAUAGUUAUUUUGAACCCUAUUAUAUUAUAAAGUACCCUGUAUCUCUUUCAUUGCGGUAUGAAAUCAGUUUUUUUCAAUUGUUAUCACAUUCUAGAUGUCCCCAGUAGUAAUCAGUUUGGUGUCUUACAAAGAUCGCUGUCUACUCGCUCGUCAAGAGGGCUUUCCCGCAGGAAUGUACACCGCCCUCUCAGGCUUUUGUGAUAUUGGUAAGCAGUUUGUGUGUUAUUUACUUUGUUUGGGGGUAGCAAUGACAAAUCCAGAUGUUUGUGUACAUGUUUCUCAUGGGAAAUAGGAAAGACUGGUUGAGCGUUUGUUUUCAGUAACCUGGAGUGCCAAGAUUAGCCAUUACUGGUUUUUGGAAAGGUAAUUAAAUAAUAUUAAAAGUAAUAAUAAAAAUAAUAUAAAAAAAUAAUUAAAAAUAAGUAAUGUAGUAGUAAGUAACAAAAAUAUCCAUUUAAAUUGAUUUUCUUAACUUAUAUUUAUUUAAUUACUUCUUUAGGGCUGCAGUUUGUUAAGAAGUAGUAAAUAGGAAUUGGGGAUCUAUUUAAAAAAAAUAAAACAGAUCACAAUAUAAGUUCCUGUACAGCAUCUGCCCACGGUAGAGCCCUAAGCCUCUGGAUUUCUCAGUACAUAACUGCUACAGGGAAUGAGAUGAGAUGCACCUAAGCCAAGAUCAAGGUAGCAAACAUGCUGCAGCAUCAUUUAACAAUUCUGAUGAUCAGAAUCACAGGCAGAAAAAACUGUAAUUUUACUUACCGUAAAUUGCUUUUUUCUUAGUAUAGUGGCAGUACUUACAAGUGGGAUGUUCCUUCCGGUUUUGGACAAGAAGCUCCCCCUUCUUUGAAGAUAAUUGUUGUGCUCCACCUGCUGCCUCCAUAUAACCUGUGACCAAACGGAAACUGAAUAAUGCAAAAGUUAUUUAAUCCAUAUAAAAGUGGAGGGAAAGCCAGUACUACCACUAUACUAAGAAAAAAGGAAUUUACGGUAAGUAAAAUUACUUUUUUCCUCUCGUAUAGUGGCAGUACUUACAAGUGGGAUAUAGCAAGAUCCCUGCAAACAAAAAGGGUGGUGACUCAGAAAGCCACUGCCUGUAGCACCUUACGCCCAAAAGCCGCUUCAGAGGAUGAGAAUAUGUCCAGCCUAUAAUGUUUAAUAAAGGUAUGCAACGACGACCAAGUAGCUGCUUUGCAGAUGUCUUCAGGUGAGGCAGCUGCUCUUUCAGCCGAGGAGGUUGCCAUAGCCCUAGUGGAAUGAGCCUUUAAUGGAAAUAUAAGUGGAAUCCCUUUGGAUUGAUAAGACAACCUGAUGGGAUUGGUCAGCCAUCUGGCUAAAGAGGGUCUGGAGACAGCAUAAACCUUGUUAGUGCCUUGAAAGGAGACAAAGAGAUGAUCUGAGGUCCUAAACCCCUGAGUCUUCUGAAGGUAGACCUUCAGGGCUCUUCUGACAUCAAGGAGAUGCCACUUUCUUUCAAAAUCAGAUGCAAGAGACUGGCAAAAAGCAGGCAGAAUAAUAGGUUGGUUCAUAGAAGCACUUGAGAUAACCUUGGGCAAAAAAGGCGGCCUGGGGUGCAGGACAACUUUAUCUUGAUGAAAAACGGUGAACUCAGGAGAGGAAGAUAGAGCCCGGAUCUCACCUAUCCUCCUAGCUAAGGUGAUAGCCACCAGGAAUGCCGUCUUGAAGGUAAGCAGUUUAAUGGGAACCUCCAGUAAUGGUUCAAAAGGUGGUUCACAAAGGGCUUGAAGCACCAAGGACAAAUCCCAGGUAGGGAAAGGGACUAACAUGGGAGGCCUCUUCAGCCGCACGGACUUAACAAACCUUCAGAUAAGCAAGUCUGAGACAAUGUCACGAACCAGGAAGUGACUUACAGCUGAAAUCUGGCCCUUGAGAGUAGAGACCCCUAGGCUAACUUCAAACCCAUACUGCAAAAAAGAAAGAAUUUCCAGGACUGAUGCAGGAUCCGACCUCGAACGGAACACGAGGCUCUGAACUUCAUCUAAACCCUGAAAUAGUUCUUGUUGUGGACAAGUGGACUGAAGACAGCAGAACGUCACAUAAUCGGUUUGAAAGACCAUGUCCAUGGAGGAUCAACCUUGCAGCAACCAUGCCGUCAGGUGGAACAUUUCCAGGGUUUCUAUGGGAAGAGUCACACGCUCUAUCAUGUUGGAAUAGUUUGGGAGAGACCAACGUGAGAUGGUCAUGUUUUCCACUUCUGAAAACCAACUCCUGUUCGGCGAGAAGGGCAGGACGGCUAGAAUUCUUGCCUUCUCCCAUCUUAUCUUCUGAACUAUUCGUGGAAUAAGAGCUACAGGAGGGAAAACAUAAGCCAUGUCGAAGUUCCAAGUGAUCGAAAGACCGCCUAAAAUAUCUGGGUAAUCUCGUGCUUGGAGAGAAGCAAAUCUCUGCACUUUUCUGUUUCUGCUUGUGGCCAUCAGGUCUAUAUCCGGCCUGCCGAAGCGGGUAACCAGCUCCAAGAAAACUUGGUUUGAUAGUGACCAGUCUGCCUGAGACCAAUGACACCUGCUGAGGUCAUCUGCAAUAAUGUUUAGAGAAUCUGAAAUGGGUAGCUGAGAUUGCGAGAAGUUUCGCUUAGGCCCAAGACUUGAUGCGAUAGCAGAGGUCUUGUAGAGCUUUCACCCUUGUGCCUCCUUGGCGAUUUAAAUAAGCCACUGUAGUGGCGUUGUCUGACUGAAUCCCCACUGCCUGAUUGGUGAUGACUGAACUGAAGGAUUUUAGUGCCUUCCAUACCGCUUUCAACUCCCUGAAGUUUGAGGAAGCAUUUGCCUCUUCACUGUUCCAAAGACCUUGAUGGAACUGAGAUCCUAGAUGGGCGCCCCAACUCGUCUGGGAAACAUCUGUGGUUAUCGUAAUCCACUGUUUUUGUGCAAACAAGAGGCCUUUUGAAAUGUUGCUUCUUUCUUUCCACCAGUUCAGUUGUUUUUUUUACCACUUUGGAUAGGUGAAAGGCAGAGUCUAGAUCCUCCUGUCUUCUUGACCACUGUGAAAGAAUGUCCCAUUGCAAUGGUUUUGAUUCUGCCUUUGCCCAAGCUACUGCUGGGAUUGCAGAAGUGAGGAGGCCCAGUAACCUCAUAGCAUCUCUGAUGGAGCUUGGGUUUUCCUGCAGACUUGACACAUAUUUGAAAAUCCUUCUUUGUUUCUCUAUUGGAAGAAAAAGAGACAGGGACUGUGAUUCUACCCGAAGACCCAAGAAUUCCAGACUCAAUGAAGGAAUCAACUUGGAUUUUUUUUUAGGUUUAGGAGCCAACCGUGUUCUUUCAAACCUUCAUAGCGAUCUUGAGAUGAUAGCUUAGAAGCUGUUCUGAUUGGGCUUUCAAGAACCAAUCGUCCAGGUACGGAACAAUUGAGAUACCUUUCAGGCGUAAAGCUGCUGCUAUGGGUGCCAGGAUUUUCGUAAAUACCAGAGGAGCCGAUGACAGGCCAAAGGGUAGAGCCUUGAAUUGAAAAUUGAGAAUUCUUCGCCUUCCUGUCAAGACUGCAAAUCUGAGGAACUUCUGGGAAGAUUCUGAUACCGGAACAUGUAGGUAAGCAUCUUUUAGAUCUAACUUUGCAAUGCAACCCCCUUUUUGUAAGAUGUGUGUGACAGACAGAAUAUUUUCCAUACGAAACCUUUGAUACGGUAUGCAGGUGUUGACAUGUUUUAGGUCUAGGAUAGGCCGAAAGGAUCCAUCUGGUUUUUGAACCAGGAACAGGCGGGAGUACACUCCCUGAAAUUUCCAUCGUUUGGGUACCUUCUCUACUACAUCUUUCCUUAAAAGGAUAAGGGCUUCUGUUAGCAGUGUCUCUGAUUUCUUUCUUGAUGGAUAGCUUGACAGUAGGAAGGAUGGUUGUGGUUGCCGUAGCCCUAGUGGAAAACUUGAUUCUGUAACCUUCUGAAACUGUUCUUAGAAUCCAACCGUUUGAUGUACUCUUUUCCCAUUCGUGGGCGAAGAACCGAAGGCGUCGUCCUACUCUUUUGGCGUAAAAAUUUUCUCUUUUUGUCUUGCCUGUUGGAAUCCUGUCUAGACCACUGACUGCUAUUUUCACCAUAUUUUUGAAAUCUCCCACGUUUCGUAGGCUGCUUCUCCUGAAUAGCCGGUUCUUUCUUUACAGCAUCUUUAAAAGAUUCAAAUGUCUGGGACAAAUUUUCCUGAAACCAGCACAGGAAGGAUGACAUCAGUCUGCUUGGCUUUUUCUAGCAAUUCCGUAGAGCACUGAUUGCAUGUCUUUUUGCGACAUCCGUCAGGUAGAGGCACAGCACAUUCCAGACAACCUAAGUGUUUAGAUUUGCUUGUGGCUUUUUUAGGAACAGAUGCUGACAUCUUGUCUUUAUCUGCCUUAUCUGGAUAUAUAGGACUGGACAUAUCUGGCAAAAAGGAAAAAACACCAGUAAUUAUAUAUAGGAGCGUGCAAUAGUGAUAGGUGACAAAAGGAGAGUUUUAAAAGUUAAAUCUCACCUCAAACCACCUUAGAACCGUGUAGGAGGGCUGGUGACAUGGAUAACCAAGACUGUACACACCCACCCUUGGGGUCAUAAAGUCCUGCACAGCUUUAUAUGCCACCAAUUUUUGAACUUGGCGCCAAAAACGCGAACACAGUUUUGUGCAUGUGCAGUAGCGCGAUUCGGUGCACGGUGAAACACACCGCCUCCCGGGCGUGCGUUCCACCACUGUGCGCAUGUGUAUUGCUCCAUGGUGGAAGGUCCACCCGGGAACUCCCAGAGACGCCACAAAUAGCGAGGUAUCCAGUCGCAUUCCGUAACGCCAACCUGGAAGUACUGUUGCCGCUCAGUUCCCGCCCGGGGAGCUAUCAUUUUUCACCUCCCCACCAUUCUCCACCUGGACCUGUGGGGAACUUGUCCGUCCCAUUGCCGGGACAAGAAGAACUGGAGUUAUACUCUGGCUCACAGGUUAUAUGGAGGCAGCAGGCGGAGCACAACCGUUAUCUUCAAAGAAGGGGGAGCUUCUUGUCCAAAACCGGAAGGAACAUCCCACUUGUAAGUACUGCCACUAUACGAGAGGAAAACAUAGUAUUUAUGGAUCACAUAUCUGGUACAAUAAGAUAAAUUAGUUAGAUGCUUAUAAGGCAGUAUGUCCAGUACUUGAGCCUAGCAGUGAAGAUACACAGUACUGUACUGAGCAGACAAUGCUACACAGAUUGUGAAAUCCAUUGGAACCUUAAAAGAGGCUGAAAAUGGUAAACGGUAAGCAUUUCAAUAACCACCAAAAGGUUUGUUGAAAGCAGUUAGGACCAUUUUGUUGUACAUGGGUACAACAAAAUGGUUCUCAAAACUAUUCCACCGUACCAGUAUUUUUUUCCAGGAGGCAAAAAAAACUAGCAACCAUGUAACAGAGAACGUGAUCUAGAAUUCAGAGUUUAAUGUCAUUGAUUACCACUGGAUACUCCGUUAAAAAAAAGAAGCUAUUUUUGGGGAAAAUAGGUGUAAAAGGCCUAAUAGAUAUAGGUAGGAGGAACAGAAAUUUAAGGUUGGAACUUCUCUUCUGCUUAUAUCUCCUAAAUUGUUUUAUGUACCCGUGUGAUGUGCGGGAAUCCGUGUCGGAAUCCAUGUUGAUAUUUGAGCUUAUGUCACAAAUAAGGAUGGUAUUAAUUUUUCUAUUGAUGUAUGAACCAUAUGAUAUGGAAAUUCAGUAUAAGGCAAGAGGCAGACCAAUAUAAUGUCUGAAACAUUAAAGCUUUGUAAUUCAAUGCAGCCAAUCUAAUAUUUUGAUAAAAUCCUAUUAGUCUAAGGAGUGAUUACUUUUGGGUUAAUUUGGGGGUUUUCACAGAGGGUUCCCCCCAGUGUUUAAGGUACAAUUCGGGUGCCUUUUAUGGAAACAGACAAUCCAUCCCAUGAAUGUAUAGUCUGUUUCUUCUCUUGUGGUUACAGAGUGGGAAACAAAUGUAUACAUUUAGCAAAAAAGCUGCAGAAGUCAGGUGCCGAUCUUGUCAGCCGUUAAUUUGCUGAGAGCAUCAGCUGGGCACACUUUGCUAGUGAACGUCAUUUUUUUGUAUAGAAAUAUGCACAAAAUUGACAUUAGCUGGCCCGUACCUUUUGUUCCAGAAUGGCUAAUGACACUGUCAGAGUUGGAGGUACAACUCUGACAGCAAAGGGGUUAAACUCUACAUGUGCAGAGUUUUGUAGCAAAAAGCUUCACAUGCAGACUACAAGCACUGUGAUCACUUCAAAUCACGGCAUAAGUCACAGUGCUUGGAGUAACCCUUUAACAUAACUCCUAUUCCAAGUAGUUAUUGUAUUUGGGUUGGCAGGACCAAAAGGACUAUUUAUGUGCCUCUUUUAUGGUUUAAAAUGCAGUUCCCAUCUUAUAGUUCUCUGAUCAGGAAAUCCUGGCCAGUGUGGCUGAUGUUGAGUGUACCUUUUCCCACAGGAGAAACACACUGCUACACGUCCUGGAACUUUACUGCAGAUAGGCUGUCUGGCUGUGAAGCACAAGAGCUGGCCGGCAAUGUCAGGAGUGUCUGCUGUUGCUCCUUCCCCAGGUGACCAUAAUGUACGUACCUUGCAGGUUAGGUCAGCUUUUAGAUGGUAUCUUCAGACUUUCAUAUUUCUCCUUUGUUAGGUUAAUCUCCAGUAAUCAUACAGUAAUUUGUUUCCAUCUCCCUCAGCAAUUUUCUAAGUAUAACAGAGUCCACCUCGCACCAUGGCUGGGUGAAUGCCCAACACUGUUUCUUACUGAGUCACUGUAGUCCUCAUGUUUACUUCACCCUGUCUUUAUGUAACAUCUUGAAUAAAGAUCCUGCUUGUUGUUCAAUAAGAGUUGUUUUACCCUUGUAUUUAGGGUAUGGGGUUGGGAGAGCUAUUUAUCAUUCCAUCCAGUGGUUCGCUGGUGUUUGUCAGAUAGCUUUGAAUGAGCUCAGGCUACCAUGUGAGUAGCAAUGACUGUUGUUGCAGUAGCUCCUGGAAGUCCCUGGUGGAACAGAAACAGUAGCAUGUUCAGUUCUGCAACCAAAGUUAGGGACCAAGCACCCGGGUUGUGUUUGCCAUGGAUUCUACCUAUUAGAAGCUUUAACAUAUUAUAUGUGAUAGAAAUGUUAUAUGGUGGUUGGUACCUUCAAGUAGAUGUGUCUAUUCUGGCAAAGAUACUUUGACAAUGGAAGGUCUUUUCAAGACAAUUUUUCUACUAUCUACAUCAAUGUUUCCCAAAAAAUUCCUCAAAACCACCAACAGUCCAGGUUUUUACUCCAUUGUAGUAAAACAGGGAAAUACAUAAAUCCUGGAUUGUUGGUGGGCCAUAAGGACUGGUUUGGGAAUCACUGAUCUACACGAUGGUUGCUUUGUGCAUGAAAUGUCUGAAUAUUAUGCUACAGUGCAUUUUUAUGCAGGGAAGAUGAAUAUUGUGUUGGAAAAGUUCCUUGGGCUAAAAAGUAGUUUUUGUUCGGGUAGUUAGAGGAUAUGAAAUUAGGAAAAGGGAAUUUAAGGAAGUCAAAAGUCUUCAGUGUAUUUUUUUUUUAACCCCUUAAGGACACAUGACAUAUGUGACAUGUCAUGAUUCCCUUUUAUUCCAGAAGUUUGGUCCUUAAGGGGUUAGAUAUAUUUUGGUUAGGGUAUUAAUUGGAAAAAUUGUCAGUGAAAGACUUUGUAUGAAUGUGGAAUGUAAAAUUGCAAAACAUGAAAAUUUGAAUGUACGUUUUACAGGUGGUCCACCUCAUUUUAUUCAUACAGUUAGAGACUAUUCUGCCAAUGUGACAAGCAAACAGUGUUCAGCUAAUGAGGGUGACUAUAAAUUUCAUCACAUUAUUAUACAUAUAUCCAGUAUGUGUCAUUAGUAUUUAACUGGAAGGAACAUAAUUACAAAGAAAAAAAUAGCUUAAUGAGAUAUGUAAUGGAUACACGACAUUAUUCCAUUUAAUCUGUCAUUAGUCUUGUCUAAUUGUUAGAUUAUAAAUUCAGCAAAAAAUAAUGUGAGGAAACUUUGAAAGAAUGCCAAUCAACAAAAAACCCUUAACUGUAACUAUGGCAUACUCAGCGCUACUUGAUAGAGGAGGAAGGGAUUACAUCCAAUGAGAACAAAUGAGUUACCAAAAGUUAUUCAGUUUGUUUAGUCACUGAACCUUUUUGUUAGCAAUCCGUUCAUUUGGAAGACUAUAUUGAUACAUGAAGGUGAAUGGAAUAUUGUGUUCCUGAGAGGAACAAAAUGAGCCCUUUUGAAUACAGGAAACAAUUGAGACCAGUUUUAAAAAUCCUGUAGCACAAGGCACCAUACUUUAUGCCUGAACAAUCACAAGGUGAUCAUUAACUAAUGAGUUAGCUCCACCUACUCACAGCAUAAAGGGUAGUAAAUUAAACUCUGAUGAUUGUAUAAUUAGCUCGACCACUUUACUCUGUUGUUCACUGACAAAUGGCCUAUUUUCCCUAUUUCCCUUUCUCAAUUGGAGAACUUGCAGUGCCAUAUUGCUACCAUUGCUAUGCACGCAGGUGAAUAACUAGUUUGUAUGUAUUAUUAUUAUUAUUGCCAUUUAUAUAGCGCCAACAGAUUCCGUAGCGCUUUACAAUAUUAUGAGAGGGGAUUUAACUAUAAAUAGGACAAUUACAAAUAAACUUACAGGAACAAUAGGUUGAAGAGGACCCUGCUCAAUCGAGCUUACAUUCUAUAGGAGGUGGGGUGAAAAACACAUUAGGACAGGAAUUUGCAAUCAAAUAAGGUGGGCUGCCCUUUAGGAGAGGGCAAGAGACGGGUAUGUGAGGUAGGGGUUAGUCUUGGAGGCCAUAAGCUUUCCUAAAGAGAUGGGUUUUAAGGCACUUCUUAAAAGAUGCAAGACUAGGGGAGAGUCGGAUGGCGGUAGGCAGGCUAUUCCAUAGGAAGGGAGCCGCCCGCGAGAAGUCCUGCAAGCGCGAGUUGGCCGUACGGGUGCGGACAACGGACAGGAGGUGGUCACGGGCAGAGCGGAGAGACCGAGAAGGGACAUACCUGUGGAUCUGUGAGGAAAUAUAAGAGGGGCUAGAGUUGUUCAGUGCUUUGUAGGUGUGAGUUAGUGCCUUGAAUUGACUCCUAUAGCACACAGGAAGCCAAUGUAAGGACUGGCAGAGGGGUGAGGUGAGAGAGAACCGACUAGAGAGGAAAAUCAGUCUAGCAGCAGCAUUCAUUACAGACUGUAGGGGUGCAGUACGGCUUUUGGGAAGACCAAGCAGGAGAGAGUUACAAUAAUCCAUGCGUGAAAUUAUUAGAGCAUGGACAAGCUCCUUGGUAGUAUCUGGUGCAAGAAAGGGGCGGAUGCGGGCUAUGUUUUUAAGAUGGAAUCUACAGGAUUUGCCAACAUGCUGGAUGUGAGGCUCAAAGGUGAGACCAGAGUCAAGUAUGACGCCAAGACAGCGCGCUUGCAAGGAUGGGCUGAUGUUGGUACCACAAACUUGAAGGGAGAGCGAAAGAGGAGGAUCAGUAUUAGGAGGAGGAAAGACAAGGAGCUCAGUUUUUGAGAGAUUGAGUUUCAGAAAGCGGGAGGACAUCCAGUCAGAGAUGGAAGAAAGGCAAGCAGUGACACGUUGCAGGACAGCAGGGGAGAGGUCCGGGGAGGAGAGAUAUAACUGGGUGUCAUCAGCGUACAGGUGGUAGUGGAAUCCAAAUGAGGCAAUAAGUUUGCCAAGAGAGGCAGUGUAAAGAGAAAAUAGAAGGGGACCAAGGACGGAGCCUUGGGGGACUCCAACCGAGACAGGGCAUAAUACCUCUGAUCUGAAGAUUCAGCAGGACUUGGUUGCUUGGGAGUGCUGGGUGUUAAUGCUGUUUUAAGGGGCCCAGUCUCUGCUCUGAAGAUUCAGCAGGACUUGGUUGCUUGGGAGUGCUGGGUGUUAAUGCUGUUUUAAGGGGCCCAGUCUGAAAUAUAAGGUCUGGGUUAGAAAAAAAAUAUGAAAUAAAACACACUGUUAUGGGUGGGGAGACAUGGGGCUAUUGAGGUAAUUAAUUAGAGAUGAAAAACUAAAAGGAGAGAACAUUUGGGAUAAAAAGAUAGGAAGGAUCAGAUAGGUGAAAGUCAUAAACCAUGAACAUAAAUUUACUAUAUUAUCAGUGAGAGUAGUAACACUAGCUAAACAAACAAACAAUUAACAAAGUCUAAGAGAAUGAACAUAAAAUGACAUGAUCAUACCAGCCUUAAGAAAAACAAAAACAGAAGAUCAGGAUGGGCGAUAUAGUUAUCAAUUGAGUAGUGAUAGUAUAGGGAGGGAGAUGGAAUAGAACACCGUUUGAAAAUAAGAGUUUAAAGGAAACAGUAAUGCAGGUAUUCUUGAGUUGAUCUUCCAGAGAAGAUACCUCUGCUCUGAAGAUUCAGCAGGACUUGGUUGCUUGGGAGUGCUGGGUGUUAAUGCUGUUUUAAGGGGCCCAGUCUCUGCUCUGAAGAUUCAUGUAGUUCAUAAUGCCACUACCCAGGCCCGCAGAAGCAGGUCAGACUUAUGAUGAUCUCAGAACAGUGUUACAUUGUAGAUCCGUGUUCUAAAUGAUUAGGAUUACGAGAGGGAAAUGGAACAGCUAUGCAAGUUAUUGUAAAGUGCUGUGGAAUAAGUUGCCUCUAUAUAAACAAUAAUAGUGCAUGUGUUAUGUUUUCAGUUACUCUUAAUCUCAACUGGCCUCACCUUGAUGCCAGGCUGUCUGAUGGGAUUAAAAAAAUAUACCUAGCAAGCCAUUGUAAGGUGUUUAACCAGCACAGUGGGAGGUGGGAUUGAGUUAACAGUGUCACAUCCUGCCUAUUGUAAGCUUAAAGGACCACUACAGUGCCAGGAAAACGCUUGUUUUCCUGGCACUAUAGUGCCCGCCAGGCUCUGGGGAGAGGAAGGGGUUAAAAUCUUACCUUUCGCCAGCGCCAGGCGCCCUCCUCCUCCUCUUUGGCUGAAUGCGUGGCAUUCAUAAUGCUUUUCUAUGGACGCUUGCAUCUUCUCACUGUGAUUUUCACAGUGAGAAGCACUCAAACGCCUCUAGCGGCUGUCAAUGAGACAGCCACUAGAGGCUUUAGAGGCUGGAUUAACCCAAUUAUAAACAUAGCAGUUUCUCUGAAACUAUGUUUAUUAAAAAAAUUUUUAAAAAAGGGUUAACCCUAGCUGGACCAGGCACCCAGACCACUUCAUUAGGCUGAAGUGGUCUGGGUGCCUAGAGUGGUCCUUUAAAGUCAAGGAGACCCAUGGUAUUGCAAGAGCUGGCUCUGACUAUUUUCCCACUGUAAUUACUGAACUUGAAUACUCCUCCCUGUUUUAUGCAAACAAUUGUCUUGCCUGUUUAUGUAGAAAAGGCUGUCGUGCUCAUAUAGUAAAGCAGUACAUUGGAGUUCAGUUUUACAUCAAGAAAUAGCGUGCUUUUUUAUUUUAUUUUUUUUUAUUUUUAUUUUUUUUACUAUUUACGGUCUGCUAUAGUGCAAUCGCUCAUAGGAGAAUCACUAGUAAUUUUUAGUUAGAUAAAAUAUCCUGUAUUACUCUGAGUAACUCUGCAGUGUAUCCUGCUUUGCCGGGGGAUUAGCAACUUAAGUAGCAGGGCCCUAGACCUCAGGGUAGAAAUUCACCAGGUGAGCUAGCAGAAGUUUCCUCAGGCAAUACAAGGUCUGAACUUUUAUGCCUUUGGGAACAUAUGGCAGGACCGUAUUGCUUCCAACUGAAUUGCCAGCGAUGAGAGACACUGCGAUUGCUAGAGGAAAAAAUACAGACUAAUGCAAAAGAUCCUAUGGGCAAUACUAGGCCUGAACUGGUUCACCUUCAGGGCCAGAGAUGUAUUGUCACAUUCACAUGUUCAAAGAUGCUCAUAUUGUCUCUUGAAUGAGAUGGCUUUGGUUUUUAAGGUGCAUUAGGAAUCCUUUAGAUUAGGUUGUUUAUUUUUCAAAACCCCAUUUCCUGGUGCAACACAGGUCUGCCUCAAUCCGGCUGUUUAGCCAGACCGUUGCUCACUGCGGCUAGACUUCAUUGACAAGAUUUCAGAUCUGGGCUGUUUUACAGUAGUUUAAGUUUGAUAUCCAAAUGGUAUAGAUUAUCUGUGUAAUGACACUAGGCUAUCGAAAACUAGCUUCAAAACGGCAUAGGGAAGGGAAAGCUAAUUUUUUUUUUUUUAUUAGUAUUCUUUUUUGCUUUGUUUUUAUUUUUUCUAUGCUCACUUAUCCAGACCUUGCAAUGUUUAUAUCGAGCAAUGGUGUACAGGACUUAAAAAUAAAAGCCGGAAGAUUUUAUAUGACUACUACUAACAGUUUGCAGACUGUUGCUCUCAGUACAUUCAUUUUUACAUACUACGGUUAUUUUAGUCUUGCUAGCAAUUUUCCAUGUUUAAUAUCCUUACAGGUGAGACAUUGGAGGAGACUGUUCGGAGAGAGGUGGCAGAGGAAGUUGGGUUAGAAGUAGACUCUCUUAGAUACUACGGAUCUCAGCACUGGCCAUUCCCUAGCAGUUCUUUGAUGGUGGCCUGCCAGGCAACCGUGCAGCAAGACAAGGUGAAUAUAUUCUCACUUUCCAGGAUUUCAAGGUUUACUUAUCCUCUACAUUUAACAAAUAUGUAUUUGUGGAGUGUGAAUAAAAAUAAAAAAAAAGUUUAAAUCUAUACCGCUUUAUCCUGCAACUUAGUACCUUUAUCUUAGAUUCUUUUCAAUCAUUGUUAUAGAAAGACCUGUCCUUUUCACCUGGCAGAUAUUUGCAAUGUUUGUCCAGGAUGUGACAGACUGAACUAGAUUGUUUUACAAUUUGCCAAAUGUUUAAAAUAAAUGUAGUGCUUACAGUGCCCCUCUAAAGGGACACUUAUGGAUAAGUUGACCAUAUUUGUAAUGCACUAUAUAAAUAACACACACCAAAAACAUGCAACAUACAAUUUAAAGGGACACUAUAGUCACCAGAACGUAUAGAACAGCUUAUUGUAUUUGUUCUGGUGAGUAAAUCAUUCCCUUCAGGCUUUUUGCAGUAAACACUCUCGGUUCAGAAAAAACACAAUGUUUACAUUACAGCCUAGGAAUACCUCAACUGGCUGCCUCUCAGAUGGCUAUUAGAGGUGCUUCCUGGUGCAGUGUGACUUACAUUCACUGUCUCCACCCUCUGUAUGGAGAAACUGAACUUUACUCAGAGAUGCAUUGAUUCAAUUCAUCUCUGAGGAAAUGCUGAUUGGCCAGGGCUGUGUUUGACUUAUGCUCACUCUGCCCCUGAUCUGCCUCCUUGACAGUCUCAGCCAACCCUAUGGUAAAGCAUUGUGAUGGUGGAUUUAAUAGUAUAGGUCAGGAAUACAUGUUAAUGUUCCUGGCCCUAGAGUAUUCCUUUAAGUUAAUAAUAAGGAAAAAAAUCCCACUCCUGUGGAAGUUCCUAGAUAUGGAAUUCUGCAGUGCGCUCUCCUCACCCAGGAAGUGGUGAACCUUUGCGUUAAUCCCUGUACAUUGUUCUAUUUGUGAGGAUAUUCAUUUAAAGGAACACAAUCAUGUGUUAAAAUCACUAUGUAGGUGGCUUGCCCCCCCCCCCGCCCCCCAUCCCCCACCCCUUAGAAGGGGUUAAAACUUUCCUUAUUUCCAGCAUAUGCUGGCCCGGUCCCUGAUCCAUUUACUUGGUGACAUCAGAAUUUACAAUUUUUAGCCAAUUCAAUGCUUUCCCAUUGGGAGAGGACUGGCUCAAAUCGACAAGGAGGCGGGGCUAAACAUCAUUUUGGCCAAUCAGCACCUCCAUGCAGUGCUGCCUACUAUGCAGCACUGCCCCCAGGAAGCACGUCCAGUGGCCAUCUAAGGAGUGGCCACAGGAGGUAUUGGGGCAAUGUAAGCAAGCAGUGUUUGCAUGAAAAUGCAAACAGGGACUGAUUAUACUCACCAGAACAAAUACAUUAAGCUGUCAUUGUUCUGGUGACUAUGGUGUCCCUUCAACACAUGUUUAGCAGACCAGUCAUAGUAUAUGUCAUCAUUGUUUUAAAUAUGAAAUUGCUUUGCCAGCUACAACACUGCAUUAUCUGGUUAAACAGAUUUAUUCUUGUUUUUGUGAAUAUUACAAGACAUUCAUGUGCAUCUCUGGUGCACAUGCUUGCUUAUAGAAAGCUAUGAGAACACCUGCUAAAGGAGAUGGUGACACUCCAAUGAAGAAGCCUUGGCACCUUACCAGUGUAAUUAUCAAACCAUUUAAGAUGAGUUUGACAACUUGUAUAUGAUCAACCAGGCACCUGCUGUUAUUUCUUCUUCAAACUGAAGCUAUAUUACAAGUACUUGUGUGACCAUGGGAAGCAGAAUUUAUAUAUUUGAGUGGGCCAAUAGCUGCAGCAGUUGUUGCAAAUCACAGAUAUAAGUUACAGAUUGAAGGAAGACAGGGAGAGAUGAGGAGCUUCUUGCACAAUGACCUCUCUGGCAGAAUGUUAUAACAAUAUAUCUGGUUCUAUCUUUCCAGCUGAAUGUGAACAAGUCAGAACUCGAAGAUGCCAGGUGGUUCACAUUGGAAGAAAUAGAAGAGGCUCUACAGAGGGGCAUUGUGCAUUUGAAACCAGAAAGUGGCACUAUACCAAUUUGGGUGCCACCUAAGUGGGCAAUCGCUCAUGAAUUGAUCACUUCAUGGGUACAGGAGCAGAAAGCUCAUUCAAAUGGAUAA